UUUCAGUUUCCCUGGUUUGAAAAAUGACUACCGGAGCAGAUGUACGGGAUAUUUUGGAGCUGGGUGGUGGAGAAUCGGAGAGCACCGGAAUAAUCAGCAAAAAGGACAUUAUCAAUGCAGACAAGGUGACUAUUAAAGAGCAUGUGGUUAUUUCCUGCAUCCCGCAAUACUUUGUUUUUAAAUGUGCAAACCUGCUUAUAAAAUUAAUAUAAUGAUGGAUUCCCUUUUUGUGCCUCAAUACAGAAACGAUCCAAGAAAUCGUCAGAAACUCUGACUUUUAAAAGGCCUGAGGGGAUGCACCGGGAGGUGUACGCUCUGCUUUAUUCAGACAAAAAGUAAGUGGCAGGUUCACUUUAAGUGCUAACAUUUCCUUAUAAGGACACUCUAAUGCAGGGCUUGACAAAUUUGCUUGGAAUCUAGGAGCUAGGGUUUUUUUUUAUAAUUCUUUAUUUUUUUCAAUUGUACUAUGCAGUCAUAUGGCUUGCGCAGAAGCCGCAUUGUGAAUACAAAGAAAGAACAAAUGUUGCCAAUAGGAGGUACAUGCGGUAUUCAUUCCAUUUCACGUACAUCAUUUGCAUUCGGGAUCUGGCUGCCAUUGGUUUUACCAGAAUUGUACAUAGACAAACAUAAAUAAAAAGAACAACCCAACGGUAAUGUAAGAACUUGGAUAGAGUAUCGUUUCUUUGUGUUUCAGUUGCCAUCUGGUUUUGAUGGGUUCAAUGUGUUGAACUUAUAGGCCGGAGCACCGGUGGGGGAGCUAGGUUUUUUAAUGUCAAAAAUACAAUUCUUAAAGGGACACAAUAGUCACCAGAACCACUACAGCUUAAGGUAGUUGUUCUGGAGUUAUAUCCUGUCUUUUUACGCUUUUCAAUGUAAACACUGUUUUUUUAGACAAAAGGCAAUGUUUACAUUGCUGGCUAGUAACACCUCUAGUGGCAUACAGGCAGACAGCCUCUAGAGGUGUUUCUUGGGUCAGUGCUGCACAAUGUGCAACACCUACAUUCACUGUCUCCAUGGAGACACUUAAUGCCCUCAAUAGGGGUGUAUUGAUUCAAUGCAUCUCUAUUAGGAGAUGUUGAUUGGCACAGUGUGGCAUUUUUUCACGCAUGCACAAUAGUCGCCCAAUGCUUUCUUAUAAGGUGGAAGCAUUGGAUGGGCUGAGAUUUUCAAAAUUGAUGAACUCGGCCAUGGAGUUGGGGCCAGCUGCAGCGAGACCAGCGUGGCGUGUGGAAAAAGAUGAGUAAAAACACAUUUCCCAUGUGAUUGGAGGAGGGACAGACACCCACACACAGUUUUACAUACAUUAACAAAUUUAUAAUUUGUUUUAUUUAAACUUCCAGUGGGGCUGCGCUGAUCAUCUUCCUGCUCAGCCCUUGUGCAUUGUUUAGAAUGCUGUGGCCGUAGUGACGUCAUAUUCCGGUUCCCAGCAUCACUGCAGGACAUGCAAGGGAGCAGAGCAGGGAGGUGACAGUGGGCCACCUGCCUCGCUCAGCUCUCCAUGAGCCGCCUGCAAGCCCGCCUCUGAUCUCAGGAAGCCAGUCACCUCGGGAGCUGAAUGGGCUCGCAUAUCCCAGGCGCCAGGAAAAAUUUCCUCGUUGCCAUGGCGAUUUGGCCCCUGGGAUUUGUUGAGUCAUGCUCUAACGCAUGCCCUGGGAAUAAGCAGGACACUCGCUUGUAGGACUUUCUCCUGCUCUCCCCUGUCAAUCAUUCCUCGACAUACUAACUACAUGCGCAACAAAUUCCUCCUGCAUUGAGAAGUAUGGGAGUAUGCUGAUGGGCUGAGCUCACUACAAAUUUUAUUAAUCAUGAGGACUUUGCAGUGAGCUUCUUUAUUUUUCUCUGUGCAUAUUUUAGUUUAUUGCCUUUGCUGACAAAAGCAAGGGAGGUGAAUGCAUGAUACAUACAGUAACGGAUGUAUAUAACAGCUACACUUGAACAUUGUUUGGAAAUGCACACUGACCAUUUUAUCUGAGACUGAAACCCCGUGGCAGUGAUAGUCGUUUGUGAACGAUUUUUCUGCCAGCCUUCGGCCAGUCAAUCUCUUCCCACCCAAAAUCAGCCAUUCUGAUUCAAUGAAAAGCCCACUGAUCCUGUAAUAAAGGAAUUUAUUACAUUAUUGUGUAUAGUUUUAUUUUACAUUUUCUGAAUGGGCCAUGAACUAAUUUACUAGGUAAUGCCAUGUACUUAACUUGUACCGCUGUCAACAAAAAUUUUAAACGCUUACUUAGGCAAAUAUUUACUGGAAAUAUAAUUUAUAAGUUUUUAGAGUGGCAAGGCUGGUCAUCGCUUCUCUACUGUCACACAGUGACAAAGAACCAAGGAAUACAUGAUGUCAGCUUAGCCGUAUAAACACCAUUCCUACAAUACUCCUACUAUGCUCCUUUCAUCUUCUAUUAUGGACAUUGUGUGUUCCUUUUCCAGGGAUGGCCCCCCUCUGCUACCAAGCGACACCACUCAAGGUUACCGCACUGUGAAGGCAAAGCUGGGUUGUAAGAAGGUACGGCCGUGGAAAUGGAUGCCAUUCACUAACCCAGCCAGAAAGGAUGGAGCCAUUUUCUACCACUGGCGACGGGCAUCGGAGGAAGGAAAGGAUUACCCAUUUGCCAGGUUCAACAAGGUCAGUUAUGGACAUAUCUCAGAUCCUAUUUAUAAUAGGUCUACAAGUUUACGACACAAUUUAUUAUCCACCAUAGAGAGAAACUUUAUGAAGUCCUUAACAGUCUCAUUUGUACUAUGUGCUGGAUCAGUAAUGGCUGACUGUAGAUGGAUUUAAUGUCACGUAGCAUGCUCAGUGCUAAAUCGAAACUUGGUUAUCUGGAAUCACUUCUGCAUUCUGAUUCACUCAGAACGCAGUACGAAUGUCAUCGUCCCUGACCAUAGUUUACAUGAAAACAUUUCUGGAACCCUGAACAUUUCUUGCCCUUGAAUUUUUACACUCUGACCAUCUACACAUUUAUCCCUGAAUUAACACACUCACCCUUUUCAUACAUUUACGCCUGAAUCCAUACAUUGAUCCUCUUCAUACAGUCAUCCUCUCACUAACCUUCUAUACGCGCUCGCACACUCGGUGACCGUCUGCACGCACUCGCACACUCGGUGACCGUCUGCACGCGCUCGCACACUCGGUGACCGUCUGCACGCGCUCGCACACUUGGUGACCGUCUGCACGCGCUCGCACACUCGGUGACCGUCUGCACGCGCUCGCACACUCGGUGACCGUCUGCACGCGCUCGCACACUCGGUGACCGUCUGCACGCGCUCGCACACUCGGUGACCGUCUGCACGCGCUCGCACACUCGGUGACCGUCUGCACAAAUUCAUUAAACCUCUAGUCACAUCUACAGACUCAUUAACACUACACACAUUCACACACACUCUAACACUAUACACAUUCAUUCCUGUAUUCAUAAUCUGAUCCUCUACACUUGUUCACACAAUUACUGACUCUCAACACACAUUAACACACUCACUAACACACUACACAUGUUCAUAGAGUUUGCCAUUACUGUUUUAAUCCAUAGGUUUAAGCAUAUGUAAAUAAAAUAUUGAUCUGGUUCCAGUUGUGCUUUCUCUUUUACAUGUGAUCCUCUAGCUGCUAAUCUGUUAUUUAUAAAUUGUUCUCCUGCACCAACAUUCACUGCAAACUGUCUCACAGAUGAGGUGCUUUCCGAAGUUUGCCAAAUAUUUGAACCUCCCAACUAGCUACACUCCCUUCUUGGAGGGUUGUAAUUGCUACCCCCGUCAGAGGAUUUAGUGAGACGCAUCCACGCAUGUGACGAGUAUUAGUGCUGCCGUUAUUAUGCUCCGAGUGAAACCAGCACAUCUGCUUAGACUGAAUAUGGAUGUGCUGCAGGCUCUUGGGAGGGUGGGAAAGUGUUUCCGUGAGGGGUAUAGUUUUCUGCUUUGUGAUAGAUUUUUAUUAUUCUUUCAGUGAUUGAGGUGAGUGUUAGGGAUCAGACCAGGUCACGGCACCUGUGCAGACCAGCCAGAUACCGACAGUAUGUUUGAACGUUGCGAUUUUCCAAUAUCCUUUGGUCAUUCACCGCUUGAUCUUAGAUUCUUUCAAUGCACGGCUCUUUCUUUGAUUUCCUUUGUUUGUGUAAUAUAUACAUAAAACCACAUUAUUUGUGCCCAACUCUGGUGGUUUAAAAAAAAAAAAAAAAACUAUUACAUUUUGUGAGCUUUGACUUUGCUGUUUAUUGAGCGGGUGUGCUUUAUCUUGUGUGUUGUAUUAAUUGGCCCCAGCAGCACCUUUAUAAUGUAUGCAUGUUCGGGUGAGUGCAGCAUCUUGGAGAGAUAUAUACACUUUUUUCCCCUUUCUAUGCAUUGUUGCAAAGUGAAAGUUAAAGGGACACUAUAGUCACCAGAACAACUACAGCUUAUUGAAUUUGUUCUGGUGAGUAGAACCAUUACCGUCAGGCUUUUUGCUGUAAACACUGUCUUUUCAGAGAAAAUGCAGUGUUUACAUUACAGCCUAGUGAUAACUUCACUGGCCACUCCUUAGAUGUCUGUUAGAGAUCUCUCCUGGGUCAUGGCUGCCUAAAAUUCAUCCAAACAUUCAGUAUCUACUCCCUCUGCAUGCAGACACUGAACUUUCCUCAUAGAGAUUCAUUGAUUCAAUUCAUCUCUAUGAGGAGAUGCUGAUUGGCCAGGGCUGUGUUAGAAUCAUGCUGGCUCUGCCCCUGAUCUGCCUCUUUGUCAGUCUCAGCCAAUCCUAUGGGGAAGCAUUGUGAAUGGAUCAGGCCACCACUUCUGAUGAUGUCAGCAGACAGCUAGUUUUUCUGAGGCAAACAGCAUGCUGAUCUACAGCUUCAGGCUUGAAUACAGUAAGAUUUUGCUAUAUUUAUGGAGGCAUGAGGGGCCCAUGGGGGCUAGAUAGUGGUUUCAACACUACAGGAAUACGUUUGUGUUUUUGACCCUAUAGUGAUCCUUUAAGGUAAAGCUUGUGUUUUGUGUCACCUGCUCUUUUCUUCCACAGACUGUGCAGGUUCCAGUGUACUCUGAGCAGGAGUAUCAGAUGUACUUACAUGAUGAUGGCUGGACUAAGACCGAAACAGACCAUCUCUUUGACCUUUGCCGACGAUUUGACCUUCGCUUCAUUGUCAUCCAUGACCGAUAUGACCACCAACAGUUUAAGGUCAGACUUACCUCCAUACUCCGAUCCUCAAACUGGGUACAAAACACUAUAACGGUUAUUCAGUCAAGCGAGAAUUGCUUGGAAUUCAGAGUGAAUUUCAAAAUCUACACCAAAAUAACCGAAUUAUAAAAAUUUGCAAAGUCAGUUUUGUUUUCAGUUUGGCUAUUUUGGCCUUAAAUUUUAAUUCCCAUCAAUUCUCACUUUAGUGAAUAUCCCGUAAAUCUUAUAAUGGUUGUAUGUAAUAUUAGAACGUGGGCCGUCUCGCUGACUGACUUCGCUUGAAUAUUAACUAAUUUGUGUGUUUUUGUUAUUUCAAUUCUUUAUUUUUGUAGUGCAUAAGUAUGAUAGACAAGCUUGUGAUGCCACACCAGUAGACACGGGCAUUUCAAAAGGCAUAAUACUGUGGCAUGUGGUUGAACUGCACAUUUUUAAGUAAUAAACAGGAUACUAUAAGCAAUGUCAUAUAUUGUGAGGACAAGAGGAAUAAUUAAGACCUGCUGCUUUAACUGACAUUAAUGUAAUCAAUGAGAAAAAGGUAAGGUAACAUGCUCAACUAUGGUAAUGCUGUAGCUUAGUAUCCGCUGGGUGAACUAUCAUGCCCAUCCUUGGCCAAAAUAAAUCUGCAGUAGCAAGAAGAAAAGCUUCUAAGUAGGCUGGCGGUUUUCCUUGCAGGGCUGUGGGUUCUGAGUGUUCCCUUUCUUUACAUGUGGGGAGCGGUGCAAGGCUCUCCGACUGCAUUGUGGACGCCAUCUCUGACAGCAGUGUCUAGCGGCUCUCCGACUGCGGGGAUGUUGUGCUGCUGCCAUACUCCUGGUGGGUCUCUGCCCAGGUGGAAGUGCGCGUUUGGAUGCCGCUAUGUCUGGAACCAGCUUGCCCGACUGGAGCCUCUGCAGCUCCCGUUCAUGUCGCCUCCAAGUCUCCCGUGCUCUCCGAGCAGCUAGUGCCGCCAUUCUCGAGCGCGCCUCCAGUUUUGCCCAGAAGAUCUCGAAGACGGUAUCCAGUGGACGUGUCUCCCACCCCAGAUCAGAUAGCAGGCCGCACGGAGCUUCAGGCCCCUCAAACGUUGAGCAGAGCAUGUCCCGUUCAUUUAGGAGAUUGUCAAUGCUGUCUCCAUAGGUCAUAAGGCGAUUUCGGCUGCAUUUUUCUCGGUUUAUCACGGGAUUAAUUGAGGAGCUCACUCAGCCCGCUUCCUGCUUGCUUGAUGUUCAGACCCCGCCGCCUCCUGCAUUAUCUUUUUAUCAGUGAUUGAUGAAGGUGCUGAGGAGUGUGCUGGCCAAUCAUUACCAAGUUUGUCAUGUAUUCAUCACUCGUAUAUUCACUCCCCCUCUUAUGCCUUCUGCAAACCAGUCAGUCUCCCAUGAUUGAUGACCAUACAGUUAUACCUCAUUUGUGUGUUUUGAUCUGUUAUUUUUGAUUUUCCUGUUUUUGUUUUUUUUCCCCCUUUCCUGUCUUGCUUUGCUCUGUUUUUGUUAUUUAAAUAACCGUUUUGUAUUUUAUAAUUGUAUCCAUGGUAAAUAUAACUGUAUUUAGGAAACAAAUACUGACGGCUACUUUGUAGAUUACAUACUGCCUCCUAGUGUGAGGAUUCCUCCACUCGCAACAAGGAGACCGUAUGAGAGCUGAGCAGCCACAGAUAAUGUAUAACACUAUAAAAACUUAGUGUCCAUUUAACAUUCUGAAAUUGACCUAUGUAAUAUUGUGUUUUUAAGGUUUAAAUAAAAAAACUUUACAAAAAUUCUGUUUACUUUAAUUUCUACAUGACUUUUUCCAGUAUAGACUAUAUAUUACAAUAGUUAUAACUAAAUAUUUUUUUUUUUUUUUAUUCUUUAUUUUAGUCGUGCGCACAUGAAUACAACAGUAUGCAUUGCCAUAUCUUUAACAACAAGCGUACCAUCACGGACUCUGUUAUGACAGUCAAUAUAGCACAUUUUGUGUACAUUAUAUCAAAAAGGAUCAUGAGCUUUGCAACUUUAUGACUGUUACAACCACAAAAACAAAAAUGUAGAAACCAUAUACUAUCUUGUCUGGAUGACGGGUCAAAGACAUUCCCGUCACAACUGAAUACGUGUGCACUCGGAUGCUAUGUGGGACACCAGGGUUAGCUCCACAUCCCUGGCCCCGGUACCCUAUCCCUCUAGUGUGCACCCCACAUGAGUAUGGGAUGCUACCUCUCCUGAUCUAAAUGUGCUUUAGGCGGUACCCUACUAAGUCCAGUCCCCCACCCCCCGAGUGGGGGUCAAGGCGACGGACUGCAGACAAGGUGAAGAGACUAGAGUAAAGUAGAGUAGAGUAGAGAGAGGAAAGAAGAAAAAAGAUAAGUGAUGUAGGAGAUGAGUAAGUAAGGAAAUAAGUCGGGGUAUCGAGGUUCCACGGAGGAGGCAGCGGGGGCGAGAGGGCAGAGCCAAGAACCGGGCCGGACCCCCAUGCCUACGUUCCUCCCUAAGCCCCCAGCGGGCUCCCAUCCCAUGGCUCCCAGACCUUACUGAAUUACCUUGUGGAGCCUCUCAGUCUGGCCGUUAAGUCAUCCAUUAGUCUCACCUCCUUGAUACGUGCAUGUACACUUGCCAUGUGUGGCGCCUCUGUUUGUAACCAGGUGUAUGCUAUCGCUCUCCUAGCUGCCAAGGUGAGCUUAUGGAGUAGUGUCUGCUCCCGUUUCGUCCAUCCAUCGAUGGACCUGUUGAGGAGAUAAACCCAAGGGUCUAAGGUCGGGGCUCUAGAGAAAACCUGGAUCAGAAGGUCCUUUACGGACCCCCAAAACCCCUGAAGCUUCGGACAUUCCCACCACAUAUGCAGAUACGUUCAUAACUAAAUAUUUCAAAGGACAGGUAAAAAUGUGGCACAAUAAUUUAUCCCUAAAAAGUGAUCAACCCUGCACUCAAAUUGUGCAUACAAAAAAUAAGCUUACUUUAUAGUAAUACAAUUUUUUUUAAAGUGCUUUAACAAUGUACUAAAUAUUGAUACAUUGCAAAUCUAGUCAAUUAAAGUGCAGCAACUACAAAGAAUUCUGGCAAAAACAAUCUUAAAUAUAAAAACACAAACGAAUAUGGUGCGCACAAAAUAUAUCUGGAAAUAUCACCUAUAUUACUUUUAUACAAUCUCUGGAUAAAUGCUUCAUACCUAAAAAUAUAAAUUUAAAAACGCAUAGUCCAAACUUGGUAGAUAAUUUAGAAACGUCAAUUAAAUCUCACUUACAAAAGCAGAGUGCUGCAAGUCAUUACUGUUAGGCUCAGGGAAGAUCAACCCCUUGUGUGUGAUGGAUUGUACAAAUCUGCAGCACCUUUCCUUGAAGGACUCACCACUACCUGAACAGGCUGUAAACUUUAUUUUAUUUUUUUGCAUCCAGCUAGUAGGGAUCCUUUGAAGUGUGACGCAAUGUGUUUUGCAAUGCCCUUCAAGGCUUUUGCAAGCAACUAUCUCUGUGUUUUCUUUAUAUAUAGCCACACAACUCUAGCAUUAUAUGAAUUACCAUCUCACAAACCUUACAAUGUACAACUUUAGCGUUGGGACUUCAUGUUUGUGUUCCAUUAUUAAAAACUUGUAGUAAUUAAAUUACCCCAAUAAUUAUAAGAAAACCUACAGUUAAUUAAGAAUAAGUGUUUGAUUUCAGAUCAAAUAGUACCUUUGUGGUUCAAGCUCCCAAAAAAAAAAAAAAAAUUCUCUAAUUUGUGGAAGUAAAAGUUCUAGGACAAAAUGUAGAAAUUCUAUCACUAAAUAUCUGUGAAAAUGUUGGGGUUAAUUAUGCGAAGCAACUUAUUGAUUCAGAUGUAGUAAAACCUUUUUUAUGAUUUACAAUCCAAUCAUUAUCUGCUCACUCAGAGAUAUUUAAUUACUUAAGAUUAAAAGGUUUUCUUAUAGCUCAUUUAUUGACAGCUAAUAGUGACACUUUAACUGCCUUAGAGAACGUUUUCUUACAGGAAAACAAUAAAAAGGGUUUAGCUAAAUGUGUAAAGGUGAUCAAACUGCUUGACCAAAGACAGGAAAAGGUGAGAAAUCCUGAAAUUUGGGAAAAUAUCUAAAAUUAAAAAUUAAGAAUUCUUCUGUAAAGUCAACAAACAUAUUCACCUUUUAUUACUUGAAACGCACUUUAAAUGUGUGACUGUGUGGGAUUACGUUCCCGAUAAAUUAGGCCAAAUAUACCCACACAUGAGUGAGAUUUGCUGGCAUGGUGAGGGAGAAAUAGUGACAUAUAGUUGCUAUGGCAGGUUAAGAUGGAAUGUGGCAUAACGUAUUUUAGCUCCAUGAAGAUAUAGAAAUAGUGAGUUGAUUAGUUGUAUCCUUGACGGCAACCAAAAAUAUUUAUCUGUUUUUGCUGAUUUUAUGUUGGUGUUUUUUUUUUUUUUUUGUCUGAUGUGUCUGUAUUGUCAUUGUGUAUAUUUUUUUGGAAAAACUUUCAAAAAUUUAAAUAAAAAAAAAAACCCUCGUUGGGCAGAAAAUCCCACAUCCUUAUUGUCCUUACUGUAAAUAAUCCUUUCUUCAAGGAUGACUCGGUGUCCUAGAACCAGUUCUGUUAGUGCACAGAUUGCCAGACAGCUGUUUGUAUUGACCCUCUAUAUAUAUAUAUUAAUAGGGCUAGAAUAUCCCCUCUGUGCUACACUACAAUUUCAGUUUUUUUAGCCUUUCUUUAAAACAACAAACAAAUCAAUUCCCCUUAUUAAUUGAGUAGCCUGUCUUUGCACUCUAUCUAAUUCCUUAAAGGGACACUCCAGACACCCAAACAACUUUAUCUAAAUGAAGUUGCUAUGGUGCCAGGAGGCCCCCCGUGGCACUCUUGCUUAAAGAAACGUAUCUCUUCCAAGCCAGUUUAGUGAAUGGGGAGUCAGUGAUUGGCUGAGAGCAGUCAGCUGAUCCUCUCAGCCAAUCAGCAGCACUCUGCUCUUCCUAAGUCUGUAAAUUGAUAUGCCGGAUGCCAUCUGUGGGGAAGUGGACAUCGCCGCUGGAGGCGACUUUGGGGCUAAACCAUUCUAGAAAACAGUUUAACCACUUGGUGCCUUUAAUAUCCUUUUUUAAAAUUGGAGCCAGUAAUUGCACCGCAUGUGCUACAUGGGCUGUUGGGUUUAUAGACGUAGAUAAAUUUAUAAAGGGGUAAAAUAAUUGAUUCGUCACCUGAAUUGAAUUUAUAAUCCUUUAUAUGUACUUGUGUUAUUCACAGAAAAGGUCAGCCGAGGACUUAAAAGAUCGUUAUUAUGGGAUCUGCGCUAAGCUGGCAAAUAUUCGUGCCACUCCAGGAACAGAACUUAAAAUACCCGUAUUUGACGCGGGACACGAGAGGCGGAGAAAGGAGCAGCUGGAGAGACUGUAUAGCAGAACGCCGGAGCAGGUUGGUUCCACUCACUCAUCUUUCAGGAUUAUUCGCUGCACGGGAACCUGCGGUCAAAGUAGCCACAAAUUUAUUUAUUUUUUAUCAUUUGUAGCUCUGUAAUUUUUCCAGCUUGGAUUUGUUGGCCUAUAAUGUUCCCAGAAUAGUGAAUGUUUUUGCGUAGAAAUGUUUUCUUCCAAUUUUACUGAAUGUGAUUCCAACAUGUGUGUUGUCAUUAUGGAGCUAUGGGUUCAGAGCUGUACUCUAAAUUCUUGUUUUUAGGUCCUGAAUAAGGGAGAUAAGAAUCCAUAGACUCUGCUCCUGCUAGAUGCUAACUUAACAUUUGUCAAGGGUUAAAUGAGGCCUAUUCUGGCUUGAAACAGUCACCUGGAAAAGAAGGUGAUUUUUUUAUUUUCUCCAGUGCCAUGUGUGGCACGGACUAAAAAAAACACCACUGUACUGUACGAACCACAAACCAUCGCUUGUUUCUCCUUUUUAAAGUCAGUGCGAAGAGCCUUUUUCUCCUGCUCAUCUUGCCUUAUGACCUUCCAUCUGCAAUUCUGCUUAGAGAACUCAAGUACAAAGUUACUCGAACUCACCGUCUGGUUUGCGUUUUUUUUCCUGUGACCUUCAACUUUUUGAUCCCUUUGGUUGAGUUUCUGAUCUCACGCUGUAAAGUGAGAAGGAGUUUACAGAGCAGGAAGGUUAUCUCACCAUUUAUUUCCAAUUUACCUCGAUGUCUUUAAAGUGUAUGUGAAGGAGCUCCCGUAUUCAAACUGAGUACCUCUGCCAGGUCAGCUUCCUCUCUGCCACCAGGGCACUGGAACACUUCAGACUGCUUGACCGUGGUAGCGUUACUUAUCUGACCCUCGUGUCGGCCAGGGUGCUCUAUUUGGCCCGCGCACGGUGAAUGCCAUAGCGGUUUGCCAGGCUUGUGCAGUACUGGAGACUCCAAAUUAUAAAGGAAAUAACGUCCAGACUGCGUUCUUAAAGGGACAAUGGGGGAGUUGCAUCACUUCCUGUUUUAAUUGGUCCACGUCAGUCCAGCACCCCUCACACAUACAUUUUUGGGCCGCAAGCAUGGUAUGGACUAAUCACAACACAAGAAAUAGUAUUUAAACGUCUAUGGCCCUUUGAGCAGUGCCCUAUCGUGGUUUCUGUUAUCAGUACCCUUUAGUAUGUUCCUUGAUACAUAGUUUUAUUUCUGGUAUCUCCAAAAUGAGAACUAGCCGAAGUCAGGUACACAGUAAAUCAAUCAGACACCUAAUAACAAGACAGGCAAGGGUUUACAGAGAAACUCAGGGUCAAGAACAAAGCUGUCUCUCGAUUACCCUGACCUAGGCUUGUUAUUAACUACACUUCCUCUAUUGUUAUGUCCGGCCAAUAAUAUGUUUAUUCCAGUCCAAGCUUAUUACUGCUACCUAGACUCUGCGUGUUGGGAUUAGACUUCAUGACAGGUCUCUGAGGACCUCAUCCGCCAGACCAGGCUGCCGUGAAUAUUGCUCUGGAGAGCAGUGAUUAUAGCUUUACUAUAGCCUUUCCCCCACACUAUAGACGAGUAUGAAUGUAGGGCAUGGAAUGACUUUAUUUCACAGCACCCAGUUACUAAUACACAGCAAUGUUAACUUUUCCUGCAGGGCAUCCACCAUACAAAGCAACAGUACGGUUGCAGUACAGUACUAUUGCCCCUCUCUGACGCCACUCUGUCUGGGGACUUCAUUCCAUUAUCUCCAGCUUAGACAAAAUGUCCAGGUCACUAUAACCCUCCCCAGAGUGACAAUAGCAGCUUUUAGGGGCUCUUGGGACCAGGCACAUAGUCUGUGGGAUGGAGACUGACCUUCAAGCAUCUCCAAACGUCAAUGUCACAGGACCUUCUGGCUUGCUAGUGAGGCUUGACAUUACUUGCGAAGCACAAACCAAGAAAGUUAUGGUGGGGAAAAUUGUGAUCCCUUGCAAUAGUAAUAUCACUGCAAAUGUAUGAUUUCUGUGGGUAAAGCAAGUCUUAUGGCUUGACUGGUGUGCAGAUCUUUGUUUAACAACAUAUUGACUAUUCACUGACCUCAGGUGGAAGGGGCUUUCAUUGACAAUUUUUCCCCAACAUAACUCUAGGUUUGCGCUCUGUAAGUAAUGCCAAGCCUCAAUAGCAAGCCAGUAACCAACCUCAUGCUGAUGAGUUGCAUUAACAACGAAACAGCUGUCCAUGAGUGGUUCACUGGCUUUGCAUCUUUUCCCAAGUUGUGUUUCGAUGCUGUUGUAUACAGCAAACAUAAACUCCAAGGAAUCCAUGUUUAAAAUGGAAUGAGGCAAAAAUGUGAUUUUUUGUUGAAUUAAUUGGCAUAUGUUCGCCAGAAUCCUUUGCAGUAGUAAAAUCACUGCAAAUGUAUGAUUUCUGUGGGAAAAGCAAGUCUUAUGGCUUGACUGGUGUGCAGAUCUUUGUUUAACAUUGUAUUAGCUAUCUACUAAAAUAAUGUAUAUAUGUAUAAAAUGCUAAUGUAAUAAAUGUUAUGCCCACUAGGUGGCGACGUUAGACUUCUGUAAUGCCUCACAUUUCUCACCUGCAUCUCACCUCUAGGUGUCAGAAGAGGAGUACCUUAUCCAAGAGCUAAGGAAAAUCGAGAGCCGAAAGAAGGAACGAGAGAAGAAAGCCCAGGACCUGCAGAAACUCAUCACGGCAGCCGACACGACCACAGAGCUACGGCGGGCUGAGCGCAGAGCCACCAAAAAGAAACUGCCGCAGAAAAAGGAAACCGAGAAACCUGUAAGAAAGCAUGUACUAAAAAUCCGAUAUUUCCUCCAAGGGGUGACGUUCUGUGUCCCUUUCCUGAUCACAUUGCUGCAUAUUUACUAUAAGAGCACAGAACAAAUGAAUUUACCAAAGGGUUCUCUUAACCAGAGUAAAUACAUAUCCAGGGUUUGUGUAAAACCACAGACCAUCUAAACACUCAGAACAUUGUCUUCCUCAAAUAUUACAAUGAUUGAUUUAUUAGACCAACAGUUUUUGAGAAAUAACAAUGGAUUUUCAAUUUAGGCCCAAAUAGCCGAGUUGGAGAAUAUUUUCAGUUUGGCUUUUUUGGUUUGUCAUUUCUCUCAUCCAAUAUCUGCACUUCCUGGUUUAUUGAAUAACUCUAUUGAGGUUUGGCAGCGAUGGCCCCACAUUGUAGACUAAAAAUGAUUAAGACUCUCUGCAAUUUACUGACACCUUGGCAGGGCCGGAUUAAUAUAGGGGCUGAUGGAGCUGCAGCUCCAGGCCCAUGCCCAUAGAAUAGGCCCACUGCUAACAGCUAGGUUUUUUUUUUUGUUUGUUUGUUUUUUUUACUACUCUUCCCAUGUGGAUGUAGGGAAUCAAAACUUGUGUGGACUGGCUGACAAUGAAAUUAGUUAAGUUAAAGCUGACUUUGUGCACUAUGCAAAUGCUCUUGCUGCUUCAAUAUAACUCUGUGGCAUGUUCCCUUUCUUCAAAAUUCACUACAUACACCUUUUCUCUGUCCCAAACUGUGUAAAAGGAGCUUCUGCCUGCUAGUAAAGGUAAGGAGAGGAGUGGGCCAGCGAGUGCUAGGAGACAGUCCUUAGAAAGCGUGGAGUGAGCGCAUCAUUAGACGCAUUUAUGCCAAGCUCAGGGUACUGUCUGCCUAGUAUUCCCUUAGUUGGCCAGCCUGCAUGAUUGGCAGGCAGCCUGACAUGUAUUCACGCCAGGCUGACCUUCUAAUUCUUCGGGCAGAUUUUUGGGGGCAUGUUUGCCCCUCUGGGCAGUUUUGGUUACGUGAUUCACGUCAGUGGAACACCCUUUUACCCCACCCACCGAAAAUCCUGCUUUACCAGAUACUGCUAUUAGGGGGUAUGGAUUUACUUGAAAAAUGAAUUUGAGACAUUAGCAUAGGGUGAAUGCGAGACAUGCAUCUCCACCAGGGGGGUAUGACUGUUUUCGUGUUUUCUGUCGAUACGAUUUUAUAAUAAGGCCCAUCAUAAUUGUCAGCACCAGGCCCGAUGGGCUCUUAAUCUGGCCCUGCACCUUGGGGUCUGUAGAGUUUCCCCCAAAUUGAGUUCCCUUACCAGUGGCUUCUAGAUAUUUGGAAAGUUUCUUCCUGGGGCUGGUUGUAGCAGCAGGCAAGUCCCAAACUGUAGAAGGUCAAUAAUCCCCUUAGUUGUAAAUUAAGUCUUGUAAUAACAAAAAUGUAAAUGAGAACUUUAUGCGAUUACUCUUUUAGUGUGUGUCAUAUGGUGCGUCUGUAAACGAAACUGGAAAGAUUCCAGAGGCCACACUCUGUUUGUGAUUAGUAUCUCAGUAGAAUAAUUAGCCAGCGUAAUAAUGUUACAGGUAGAAUAACUAGCCAGUGUCAUAAUGUUACAGGUAGAAUAACUAGCCAGUAUCAUAAUGUUACAGGUAGAAUAACUAGCCAGUGUCAUAAUGUUAAAGGUAGAAUAAUUAGCCAUUGUUAUAAUGUUACAGGUAGAAUAACUAGCCAGCGUCAUAAUGUUAAAGGUAGAAUAAUUAGCCAUUGUUAUAAUGUUACAGGUAGAAUAACUAGCCAGCGUCAUAAUGUUAAAGGUAGAAUAAUUAGCCAGCGUAAUAAUGUUACAGGUAGAAUAAUUAGCCAGUGUAAUAAUGUUACAGGUAGAAUAAUUAGCCAGUGUAAUAAUGUUACAGGUAGAAUAAUUAGCUAGCGUAAUAAUGUUACAGGUAGAAUAAUUAGCCAGUGUCAUAAUGUUACAGGUAGAAUAAUUAGCCAGCGUAAUAAUGUUACAGGUAGAAUAAAUAGCCAGUGUAAUAAUGUUACAGGUAGAAUAAUUAGCCAGCGUAAUAAUGUUACAGGUAGAAUAAUUAGCCAGCGUAAUAAUGUUACAGGUAGAAUAAUUAGCCAGUGUAAUAAUGUUACAGGUAGAAUAAUUAGCCAGCGUCAUAAUGUUACAGGUAGAAUAAUUAGCCAGCGUAAUAUUGUUACAGGUAGAAUAAAUAGCCAGCGUAAUAAUGUUACAGGUAGAAUAAUUAGCCAGUGUAAUAAUGUUACAGGUAGAAUAACUAGCCAGUGUUAUAAUGUUACAAGUAGAAUAAUUAACCAGCGUAAUAAUGUUACAGGUAGAAUAAUUAGCCAGUGUCAUAAUGUUACAGGUAGAAUAAUUAGCCAGCGUUAUAAUGUUACAGGUAGAAUAAUUAGCCAGUGUCAUAAUGUUACAGGUAGAAUAAUUAGCCAGCGUAAUAAUGUUACAGGUAGAAUAAUUAGCCAGUGUAAUAAUGUUACAGGUAGAAUAAUUAGCCAGCGUAAUAAUGUUACAGGUAGAAUAAUUAGCCAGCAUAAUAAUGUUACAGGUAGAAUAAUUAGCCAGCGUAAUAAUGUUACAGGUAGAAUAAUUAGCCAGCGUUAUAAUGUUACAGGUAGAAUAAUUAGCCAGCGUAAUAAUGUUACAGGUAGAAUAAUUAGCCAACUUAAUAAUGUUACAGGUAGAAUAAUUAGCCAGUGUUAUAAUGUUACAGGUAGAAUAAUUAGCCAGUGUCAUAAUGUUACAGGUAGAAUAACUAGCCACCGUCAUAAUGUUACAGGUAGAAUAAUUAGCCAGCGUAAUAAUGUUACAGGUAGAAUAACUAGCCACCGUAAUAAUGUUACAGGUAGAAUAAUUAGCCAGUGUUAUAAUGUUACAGGUAGAAUAAUUAGCCAGCGUAAUAAUGUUACAGGUAGAAUAAUUAGCCAGCGUAAUAAUGUUACAGGUAGAAUAAUUAGCCAGCGUAAUAAUGUUACAGGUAGAAUAAUUAGCCAGCGUAAUAAUGUUACAGGUAGAAUAAUUAGCCAGCGUAAUAAUGUUACAGGUAGAAUAAUUAGCCAGCGUAAUAAUGUUACAGGUAGAAUAAUUAGCCAGCGUAAUAAUGUUACAGGUAGAAUAAUUAGCCAACGUAAUAAUGUUACAGGUAGAAUAAUUAGCCAGGGUUAUAAUGUUACAGGUAGAAUAAUUAGCCAGCGUAAUAAUGUUACAGGUAGAAUAAUUAGCCAGCGUAAUAAUGUUACAGGUAGAAUAAUUAAAUAGCUGCACAAUAAUGUUACAGGUAGAAUAAUUAGCAUGAAUAAUGUUUGGUAGAAUAAAAUAGCCAGCUUAAUAAUGUGUUACAGGUAGAAUAAUUAGCCAGUGUAAUAACAAGCUACAGGUAGAAUAAUUAGCUACGUAAUAAUGUUACAGGUAGAAUAAAUAGCCAGCGCAUAAUGUUACAGGUAGAAUAAAUAGCCAGCGUAAUAAUGUUACAGGUAGAAUAAAUAGCCAGCGUAAUAAUGUUACAGGUAGAAUAAUUAGCCAGCGUAAUAAUGUUACAGGUAGAAUAAUUAGCCAGUGUAAUAAUGUUACAGGUAGAAUAAUUAGCCAGUAUCAUAAUGUUACAGGUAGAAUAAUUAGCCAGUGUAAUACUGUUACAGGUAGAAUAAUUAGCCAGUAUCAUAAUGUUACAGGUAGAAUAAUUAGCCAGCGUAAUAAUGUUACAGGUAGAAUAAAUAGCCAGCGUAAUAAUGUUACAGGUAGAAUAAUUAGCCAGUGUAAUAAUGUUACAGGUAGAAUAAUUAGCCAGCGUAAUAAUGUUACAGGUAGAAUAAUUAGCCAGUGUUAUAAUGUUACAGGUAGAAUAAUUAGCCAGUGUUAUAAUGUUACAGGUAGAAUAACUAGCCAUUGUAAUAAUGUUACAGGUAGAAUAAUUAGCCAGUGUUAUAAUGUUACAGGUAGAAUAAUUAGCCAGCGUAAUAAUGUUACAGGUAGAAUAAUUAGCCAGUGUUAUAAUGUUACAGGUAGAAUAAAUAGCCAGUGUAAUAAUGUUACAGGUAGAAUAAUUAGCCAGUGUAAUAAUGUUACAGGUAGAAUAAUUAGCCAGUGUUAUAAUGUUACAGGUAGAAUAAUUAGCCAGUGUUAUAAUGUUACAGGUAGAAUAAUUAGCCAGUGUUAUAAUGUUACAGGUAGAAUAAUUAGCCAGUGUUAUAAUGUUACAGGUAGAAUAAUUAGCCAGCGUAAUAAUGUUACAGGUAGAAUAACUAGCCAGUGUCAUAAUGUUACAGGUAGAAUAAAUAGCCAGCGUAAUAAUGUUACAGGUAGAAUAACUAGCCAGAGUAAUAAUGUUACAGGUAGAAUAAAUAGCCAGCGUAAUAAUGUUACAGGUAGAAUAAAUAGCUAGCGUAAUAAUGUUACAGGUAGAAUAAUUAGCCAGUGUAAUAAUGUUACAGGUAGAAUAAUUAGCCAGUGUCAUAAUGUUACAGGUAGAAUAAUUAGCCAGUGUCAUAAUGUUACAGGUAGAAUAAUUAGCCAGCGUAAUAAUGUUACAGGUAGAAUAAUUAGCCAGUGUAAUAAUGUUACAGGUAGAAUAAUUAGCCAGUGUCAUAAUGUUACAGGUAGAAUAAUUAGCCAGUGUAAUAAUGUUACAGGUAGAAUAAAUAGCCAGCGUAAUAAUGUUACAGGUAGAAUAAAUAGCCAGCGUAAUAAUGUUACAGGUAGAAUAAAUAGCCAGUGUAAUAAAGUUGCAGGUAGAAUAAUUAGCCAGCGUUAUAAUGUUACAGGUAGAAUAAUUAGCCAGCCAGUAUAAUAACGACCGCCUGCUAUGUUUUAUCAGGUGUGAGGCUCUCCCCUUCAAUUCUAGUUCCCCUAUUAUGACUUGGAUGUGAAGUAAAAUGGCAGGUAGAUAUUAUGUGAUUGUUCAUUCCUUACUGGAGACUGACUUUGGUUUUAUCUUCUACCUCCCUCGCGCCACGGUUUAAUUGUAAGUGGUGUCUCUUUCUGGAUUUGUUUUUGCAAAUAACUAGUAUUAAUGGCUUGUGGCAUUGGAAAGAGACAACUCCCAGGUGAUGGGUGGGUGCUGGCGUAAAAUUAUUGACAUCUGUCAGGCCUCCCUUGUGCCCACUGCAUGCAAACUUCCGAUUACACCGGUCUGUUUACGCUUAAGGGGCAAUUGUGAAACCUUGAAUCAAUAGCAAGGACACUGCUUCUCCCCUGGGCUCCCCUGCUUGCUGUUUAAUAGUUGCAAUCAAAUGGCUAUUGAGCUCAGUAGCUUUAGGCGGCUUUAGGGCUUUAAGGCACAACCUUUACAAGGUAUUCCAGUGAGGUAAGUGUUAAAUUUGUCCUUGAGUGCUUGACCUACCUAUUGAGUGUACACAGUAGAUGUUUAUAUGCACAUGAUUGCUAAACUUUGGCACUCCAGAUGUCUGGCUAAGCCUCAUGGGAAGAUAGUCCACAACAUCAGAUGUGCCAGAGGUUAGCAUAGAGGUAAUGGCUGUAGGAGAGAUAACGAACACUAGAGGGCAUCCAUUAAAAUGGUGCAGUUCAAUAUACAAAAUGCCUUAAUGACAUUGUUUCAUUUAUAAUUAUUCUGCACGCAGCGAGUUAACGUGCAUAAUGGGGAACAUGGCAGUGAUACUUAGAAGCCUUUUCUUUGUUAUUUAAAGUUAUUUAAAGUUUUUUUUUUUUUUGUUUUUUACUCACUUUGUUACUGUUGCAAAUUUUAAAAUGUCCGCAGUCAUUAAAGCUGUGUUUUUACACUGAUUUAGAAAGACUAUAGUGUUAUUUAGCAUUAUUUUUAAUAUUUUAGAUUUAAGGGGUAUUUAGAAUUGCUGAGACUUUUGAUUACAGGCUGUAGAGGUUACAAGCUUUAAGAAUGAUGGGAGUUACAGUCCGCAGUGUCUCCUACACAGCAAUAGCGUACCAACUAGGUUACAUAGAAAAUAAAUUGAUGUUCUACGUAAUGCUUGCCAGAGAGGAGAAAAAAAUAAUAUACAGCAAUAAUCGCCAAAAGGAGAGUAUCUAUUCACUGGGACAUGAAGGAGAGCAAAGCAAGAGGAUAACAGGGAGAGAAAACCCCCAAAAUAUAGAAGGUGGAGCCUUCAGAGAGAAGGAACAUGAGAUAGAGUAGUCUUAUGGCAUAUUUAUAUACCAAUUAGCUUGUACUCACAAUAUAUAUAUAUAAACAUUUUUUUUUUUAUUUUUUUUUUACUAUACAUAUAUAAAAUAAAUCCUAGAGGACUAGGUGUAAGUAUUUGCGUACGUUCAGAUUUUGUUUAAUUUCACAGCCUUUGCUGGUUUUAACUAGAAAAAUCUCUCUUUGAGAAGGUGGAUUUUCUAUAACUAGUUAUCCUGUAUCUCUGACCUCGUGAGCAUUUAAAAGCAGACACAGACUUUUUUAAUAAGCGCUAACAACCUCUCUGGCAGUGAAGGAAUUGGCUGCUAAAUUAAGCAGAUGCUCAAUUUGUGGCUUGCAUAAUGAGGGUCUAACGUAAAGUAUCUGAAUAGGAGGCAGCGUGUGUAGUGUGAGGUUGCUUUAAUGCACUGACCUUGGCUGUGACCUUGAUUUGAGUAUGGGUGCCCGGUCAGUGUGUUGUCUGGGAAGAUGUUUCUGUAACCUUAGAUUAGUACUAAUAGGUACUCUGGGAAAAGUGAAGGGGGUUGUGCACGUUAUUUGACAAACUGUUAAUAGGUAAGAUGGGAAAUGUAUUUUACGUAACAAGUGGGUUAUGUUUUUUGCCAGUAAUAGUAAACUGCUAAUGAAGUGGAUUUACUGCACAAUUUCAGCAUGCUGGCCUUCCCAUAAUCCAACUAGACUGGAUGGAUAACUUUCCCAUAAUCCAACUAGACUGGAUGGAUAAUUUUCCCAUAAUCCUAGUAGACUGGAUAACUUUCCCAUAAUCCUACUAGACUGGAUGGAUAACUUUCCCAUAAUCCCACUAGACUGUAUGGAUAACUUUCCCAUAAUCCUACUAGGCUGGAUAACUUUUUACCAUAAUCCUACUAGACUGGAUGGAUAACUUUCCCAUAAUCCUACUAGACUGGAUGGAUAACUUUCCCAUAAUACUAGUAGACUGGAUAAUUUUCCCAUAAUCCUAUUAGACUGGAUGGCUAAUUUCCCCAUAAUCCAACUAGACUGGAUGGAUAACUUUCCCAUAGUCCUACUAGACUGAAUGGAUAACUUUCCCAUAAUCCUACUAGACUGGAUGGAUAACUUUCCCAUAAUCCUACUAGACUGGAUGGAUAACUUUCCCAUAAUCCUACUAGACUGGAUGGAUAACUUUCCCAUAAUCCUACUAGACUGGAUAACUUUCCCAUAAUCCUACUAGACUGGAUGGAUAACUUUCCCAUAAUCCUACUAGACUGGAUGGAUAACUUUCCCAUAAUCCUACUAGACUGGAUGGAUAACUUUCCCAUAAUCCUACUAGACUGGAUGGAUAACUUUCCCAUAAUCCUACUAGACUGGAUGGAUAACUUUCCCAUAAUCCUACUAGACUGGAUGGAUAACUUUCCCAUAAUCCUACUAGACUGGAUGGAUAACAUUCCCAUAAUCCAACUAGACUGGAUGGAUAACUUUCCCAUAAUCCAACUAGACUGGAUGGAUAACUUUCCCAUAAUCCUACUAGACUGGAUGGAUAACUUUCCCAUAAUACAACUAGACUGGAUGGAUAACUUUCCCAUAAUCCAACUAGACUGGAUGGAUAACUUUCCCAUAAUCCUAGUAGACUGGAUAACUUUCCCAUAAUCCUACUAGACUGGAUAACUUUCCCAUAAUCCUACUAGACUGGAUGGUUAACGUUCCGAUACUCCUAAUGGUCCAGAUGGUUAGCCUUCCCAGACUGUUUUAUUUUUAUUUCUGUUUCAGUUUAGUUUUUAUAGUAAACUAGUUUUUCUGUGUUACACAUAUUCUAAAAGAUUGGGAAAUAAAACAUUGAGAACUGUAAAUGCUUGUUUUUAAAGCCUCACUAUUAAUACAUAUUAUGAUUUUGUGUAUGGCUUUGUAACUAACUGGUUUAUUAUGUUUGUUUUUCCUCUGCCAGGCUGUACCAGAAACUGCUGGCAUAAGGUUUCCUGAUUUCAAAUCAGCGGGCGUCACACUGCGCAGUCAAAGGGUAAGUCAUGUCAUACUCUGAGUGUUUAUCUUGUCAGUAUAAUAAGUUCCGUUGGAUUACAAUACAGUCUUUAUGCUGAUCGCUCCAGAUAUCUCUCUCUUCCUGUGAUCUUUUGUCCCUUCCUUGUCCAUCUCAGUUGCUGACUUCCUGAAACGUAAAUUACCUGUACGUCUUUCCUCCCUCAAAUGUGAACUUUUGUGGUUUGUUUCCUAAACACUGAAUUGGACUGAAAUGAAAACAGAAUUGGAAAAUUCUGUUAAAAUAGUCAAACCACUGGUUUUGGGAAACCUCUUGUAAACCAGCAGAAUGAUAGCUGCAGCCUAAUAGCACCAUAAUCACUACAAGAUAACGUAGUAAUAGAGACAGAAAUAACAGAGAAUCCGACAUAGGAUAAGCACAACUGUUUGGGUGAGCAACAAACUGUGAAACAAUGUAAAUCGACUUCUCGGGGUACAUCGUUAACUCAGCAGUAUCAUAGUUUCAAUGCUGUGGAAUGUCUUUGACCCAACGACUGUGAAAGGGCCUCCUCCAGCCCGCAGAAUCAAUGCAAUGCCAGCAUAGCCAGGGCGUUUAUAGAAUGCUUGCUCCACCCAACAUAGUCCAUGGAAAUGAGAGGUAGAAGAGAAGUCACGAGAAAGAGGCAGUUCUGGUCACAAUGAACUCCUAACAUGCUCUAAUAUCCAUUAUGCCCCAAGCUGCAAACAUACUAAUACUGACUUUAUAGGGACAUACGUCUGUAAAAGCAGGAAAUGCAUUAUGGGUCGCUGAUGUGAUUCACAAACUACUCAAAGGCUCAAUAUUCGACCCUGCAGUGAGAAUGAAUACAUCUGGAUAUCAAAAUUAAACUCUGUGGAAAAACUUUGUUUAAACCAGUGGUUGGAAUACAUAAAACAGCUGGAAAUCUUGAACUGCACCAGGACAGGCAGCAGCAACACAGCCGACUCGUAUAGACCAGGGUUAAAAAAAAAAGAUUCUGUAUGGGCUAUAAUUGUAAAUUUGGUAUAGUAGUAAUUUGAUCAAUGCGAAAAUAUAUUUCUGCGUUAAGACCCUUGUACAGCAUGGAGAGGUAUAUGAAAGCCAUGAUAGAACACUACACAACAAGCACUAUUUACUAUCUAAAGGCAGUGACAAGUUUGUAUUUGUAAAUUGGUGGGUGAACCUUUAAGACUAGGAUUUGAUUCAUGUUAAUUGGCAUGUAAUGCUGUGGAAAUAUGUAUGUUUUGUCCGUGUGAUCAGCUGGAAUAGCAAACAAAUUUGCAGAACUACGUAUUGGUGUAACGGGGAGGUAGAGACGGAGACUAGCUAGAUAUAGUUCACUAGCUUGUCCUGCAAGCGAUGAUUUGUAUUUUUCUGAAAGAGUCGGCCAUAGCCAUGAAAUAUUCGUAAGGUGAGGCUGAUGGUUUCAAACACGGCGAGAGCAGACAAUGAGCUGGUAGAAUAUUCAGUCUGAUGCUGACACUGCCUGAUUAAUUAGAAACACUUCCAGAUAUCUGCAGGAUAAUGGCUACAGCCUGACCAUAUCUUGCAGCUCUACUCCACACAAAGUGUCUGCUGAUAAAGGAAUAUUAAAUCGUUCAUUUAGAUGUUUGCUGGUUUCAUAGUAAUGUUGGUUAUCCUCCGAUCACAUCUUUUUAGUGACGCUAAAAUUAAAGCCAUGAACUUUCAAUAUAUUUAGUAUAAGAAAUUGUCAUUCUCAAAGUUCUUUGAGUUUUUCAAAGCCUCUUGUGAUCUUGAAGGGGGCUGAUUCAUUUACUGGAUAUAUUACAGAUACAAAUUGUAAAAUAAGGCUUUUAACAUCGAUGUGGAUAUUUCUAACACAAUAACCUCCAAGAAAGCUGCAUACAACUCUAAAUUAAAACCAAAAUUAAUAUUAUACAUAAGAAAACUACAAUUAGUGACCUCUCAUACAAAAAAACUGAAGAAUAAAAAUAAAACAUAGUGUAAUACCAUCAAAUGCUCGUAAGUGAUAUUUGCAAUGGGGAUAAACUUGAUCGUUCAACCUGCAAGAAGAUUUUGAUUCAAAGACCUCCUGCUAGGCAUUUGGACAAAGCAAACAUUUCACAACAUGUUACCCUUAUAAUAAAACAAAGAACAUUAUUUAACACAUAGACAAUCAAACAAUGCCUACACAUCAGAGAGGUCAUAGCAAACAGAAUAUGACUUACAAUUCAAUGCACGAUUUAACACAGAGGGGUCACAGAGUGAUACCAUUACACAAUAGGAGUAACAAAUAUAUCACAAGAUGAAUUUUUUGGGGAACGACAUUCAAAGGGAAGGCACAGGAAAACUCCAUCCAAGUACAAAUCACCUGUGAAAAGACAGAGCAGUGUAGAAGAAGAGGAGUUAGAGGAGGAUUUUAAACAUACAAGAGACAAAGAUAUUAAAAGGUGAAGGUUUAUACAAUCUUACAAUCAUUUUAGACCUGAUACAAAUAAAUGUUCUUGAUAAAGGCCUACAUUUGCCACCAUGCGCCCAUUGGAUAAGUUCAGUAUGUAUAUUGAUGUAAAAAGUUUAUUCAUUUUUGGGGGCUAGCUAGAGGUUUGCAGAGAGCUCUGACAAAACUGAACUAAAUAUUGGCUAUUAUUGGCCACAAUCGUGAUUGUUGCAGCCCUGUACACCAAUAGCUCAUUGCUGAUUCGAGUGAGGGCUCGUGGAUACCCAUUUCUUGUACUUCUGUCAAGAUAUACCACACUCCAUUUAUGCGGCCUAGCGUGAAAGUUGGCCGACCUUCUGACAUGGUUACCGUUAAGAGCAGUGGCCCCGCAUUCCUCCUCCUCUGGACCGGUGGGGGUUAUCCCAGUCCUUGCUGGGGAGAGCCACAUAUCUACAGCAAGAGACUCCACAGCUUGAAAGAAGACCGCAUGCCGGGCCCAAGAUGGCCGCCAAGCAACAACCCCUGCAGUCUCGAGAGGGCCCAGAGAUCCUGACCUGGAGAGAGAGCUUUGAGGCUCGGUUCGAUCGAGUCUGCCAAGAAUUCUGGAGGCACUUGGAACACAGACCCACCUGCCCUGAUUUACCUGUCACAAAGGAGAUUGUGGCUAAAGUAGCAGUUCACAUAUCCGGCACUGGUUUGCGGCCCCACAUGGAGGCGAGUCCAUCUUGCCAAAUGUCCUGCUGGCGGAAUCUCCAGGCACCGAAGCACAAUGCUGCACAACACCACCGAACACUAGCCUUUCCUUCUCACCAUUGCUUUCCAGCGCGGCACUCGAGAGAGCAAAAUUUACGUUUGCAAGCCGCUCUGCCACAUAGGGCAACACAGAUCAAGAGCAUGGAGAUGGCCCAGAUACCGUGGUCCGAUUGCUGGACUAAGUGGCUAUUUAGUCGGCACAUAACAGGAACGCACAGUAAUUUGUGUCUGGUGGUGCCCUCACCCAGAAAAGUGGACUUAUACUCCCCAGGGUUAGCAGCCUGCCACUAAUGAGCAUUGGAUAAGUAGUCCCAGGCAAAGACAAUAGACCCCUCAAUGCACAGCCUAUUUCCAAUGCUUAAUAUGUUUAAUUUGCUGCUUUGAGAUGAGCAUAAGUUAAGUCACUAGUUCAGGAUCAUUUUAAUUCACACCUUUGCAGUGUCUCUCUAAGACAGAACAGCUUUACAACACUGCUGCUUGCUUCAGUGGGAGUAUUUAUUUUCUAAUUUGUAUUGUUUAUUUUCGAAUUGUAAAUAUGUUUAUAUGCCAGUCAAGUUAUUCUAACCAGCCAUUUGAUGCUCAUAACCAUCUAAUACCAUGACUAGUAUUUUCUUUUGUGAGAUUUUUUUUUUGUUAAUAUGUUUAGUUAACAUGUCAUGUUUGGGCAUGGGACCAUGCAUGCGGUCGGUCAAACUUUGACUUUCAGGAAAUUCCUGAACCGAUCUGGGUGAUUUUUGGAUAUGUUGGUCACCCAGAUCGGGGCUAUCAGGAGAUGUAACUUUUAUGGGGUUUCCAUGGGUUUUGGGGGGGUACAUUCAGAGUGUUGUGGAAAAUAGUUUUUUUUGUGACUGGAGAUAAUUGAGUUUAGUACAAUUCCUAACUCUAUCUCCCAGGCAUAGGGGAGGGAUUGCAUUGUUAUGUAUGGGAGUGUCCUGGACCCCGGGGCAAAUGUCAUUGGUUUGUGUAAAUUUUUUUGCAGUCUACUCUCUGGUCCAGGGGGGAAGUGCCCCUUGCAUGAGGACUUGCUUAAAAGGCCAGUUGUGGCUACCAAUAAACCAGUUCCUGUUUACCCUCAACACAGAGCCUCGUCUCGUGCUUGUAGGGGAAAUCUAUAACAACUGUCUCUCUUAUUCUUUGGGGGGGUGAGGGAGGGUGCUAUAAUCACUAGCUCUUGUAAGAGCAGCCUGGUACACUCUCUGGAGUAGGAGAGGUUCACCCACUGGAAGCUGGAUCCUGGUCUUGGGUCCAGGGUGGGUGGAGGACGGCGAGUUCCCAGCCAAGCUGUAACGCUGGACGUGCAGACUACGGUGCUGGUGGAGUGCUCAAAGUACUCUGCGACAGCUAGGAAGCAGCGAUUGGCGGAGGCACCCAGUCAGGUGGUCCACCACAAAUAUAAACAUGUAUUCCUAACAUUAUAGUGCCGGAGUAAAUAUUUAGGUGACUGACCCACCUCAGAAUGGAGAUAAAAAGUAUUUUGCUUACCUUUUCUCCAUUAUCACACUGGUCUCGGCUUGUUUUGGAGCAGAGUAUGCUAGUGUAAGCAGAGCUGACAACUUCUACUUCCAGCUAUACUUAUUUGCACUUUCGAACAGGCCUCGUGGUCCAGCUAUCAACCCAGCGGUCUCUGGUGCCGAUCCGGCAAUCAUAAUAAUAAGCUCUGCUCAAUAGGCCUCGUGGUCCAGCUAUCAACGGUCUCUGGUGCCGAUCCGGCAAUCUUAAUAAUAAGCUCUGCUCAAUAGGCCUUGUGGUCCAGCUAUCAACCCAGCGGUCUCUGGUGCCGAUCCAGCAAUCAUAAUAAUAAGCUCUGCUCAAUAGGCCUAGUGGUCCAGCUAUCAACCCAGCGGUCUCUGGUGCCGAUCCAGCAAUCAUAAUAAUAAGCUCUGCUCAAUAGGCCUCGUGGUCCAGCUAUCAACGGUCUCUGGUGCCGAUCCGGCAAUCUUAAUAAUAAGCUCUGCUCAAUAGGCCUUGUCGUCCAGCUAUCAACCCAGCGGUCUCUGGUGCCGAUCCAGCAAUCAUAAUAAUAAGCUCUGCUCAAUAGGCCUAGUGGUCCAGCUAUCAACCCAGCGGUCUCUGGUGCCGAUCCAGCAAUCAUAAUAAUAAGCUCUGCUCAAUAGGCCUAGUGGUCCAGCUAUCAACCAGAGGUCUCUGGUGCCGAUCCGGCAAUCAUAAUAAUAAGCUCUGCUCAAUAGGUCUCAUGGUCCAGGUAUCAACCCUGCGGUCUCUGGUGCCAAUCCGGCAAUCAUAAUAAUAAGCUCUGCUCAAUAGGUCUAGUGGUCCAGGUAUCAGGCUGAUCCUGCAGGUUCCGUAGUGUUUGUGUACUAAACUCGGGACUGCUUCUUGCAAUACAUUAAAUUUCUUAUUGUCCAUGGCCCACCAAUGUGUUGCUCAGUCUAUUUUUAACCAUUGGUGCAGAUUGCGUGUUUCUAAAAUAAAAUCUGUUGAUAAUAUAACAUAUUGUCAAUUACUUUAAAUUUUAUAUGUUCAUGUUCAAACAACUGUGUCAGUUCAAAUAUUAACAAUAAAAAUAUUCGCUUCAGCCAAUGACAAUCGAAUGAUUUUUUGGGCAUUCCCCGUAUUAAUCAAGUUACUAUACCAUUAUAACUAGCUUAUUUAUAUUCUUUUUUUAUUUUGUUUUUUUUAUUCUCAAACAUAUGUGCAUUGUGUAGUAAAAAUAGAAUAUUUCCUGCAAAUCUUUGUAGUGUUAUAGAACACACAAACUCACAUUACUCACAGCAUCUACGUUCCAACCUAAAAUGGAUUCUAAUCCUUAAAACUGGGUUGUCUGCUGUCAGUAUGAAUUAUUUCCCAAAGCAUUCAAUCAUCCAUAACUUUGUGAUAAAGUUUCCUAUGAUCCUUCAAACUAUUUUAUUUUUAUUUUGUUUUGAUCAGAUUCCUUACAGAUUGUUUUUGGUUUCUUUCCUUUAGCAAUGACGGACCCCUUUGUUUAAUUAACUGAUGCUUUCUUGUAUUCCAAAGGUUUGACUCGUCCCCAUUUAUUUAUUUUUCUCCCGUGUGUGCACAGUUCAUGCAGUUUAAGCAGUUGUUUAUUGCGAGGCCAAGGGAACCGUAGUCCCUAAAUCAAAAGAGACGUCUGUGUAAUUAUGCUCGUGAGUUAGACUCCUCUGGAGAACUGUGGGGAAAAGAUGGCAGGAGUUGGAUGCAGUCCAAAAUAUAUUAACCUUAAAAAAAAAAAAUAAGGCAAAAAACAGCCAGCUAAUCAAUUUCUGUAGCAAAGUUAGAGCUUACCAGCUCCCCAGCAUGAAACGUCCCGAAAAAUAGAGUGAAAGUGCAGGUGAUGGGAUUAUUCUAGUCGACGUAGCUGACUUUGUUCAAUUAAGAGGUCUACAGAGACUUGUCAGGAGAUCUUCUGCCUGAGAAUCUCCAGCCAACAAGAAACACAUAUAGCCUCUUCCUUGCUGAGAGACAGGCUGUAGACAGCCAUAAUGACACCAAUGUUAAAAUGCUUACACGGUUAUUUUUGAGGAACACUGUCUGAAGAUCUAACAGCUCUGCUCGUCAAACAGUCUCCAAGGGCCAAAGAGAACAUGACACAAGGAGAUUAUUAAAGAAAGAAAUAAUAGACUGGUGUAAAAAUUUGUUUUGGCCAUUUUGUCCAAAUCAAAUUCUUUUUAUUCUACAUCUGAACAAACUGAUCCGUCCAGGUAUUCGAAUGGAGCUCUUUAAUGAAUGAGACCGCAGGUAAAUCCCGGGUCAAUUGAUUCGUUUGGGCAUGGACUAAAAGGAAUUUGAUUCAGACGAACCAUCUGAAACAAAUUUUUGAAAAAGACUAAUAAAUAGUAAUUUUAAAUAAAACAAUGCUUUUGAGGUGUAGCCCCCUAUAAAAAUAUGAAUAUUUAGACAUUCAAUAUUCUGUAUAAAUAUGUACAGCAGAUUGAAGUAAGUUGGUAAUAUUUUGAUCUACUGUAAAAUAUAUAAUUUGGGGGGGCUAUUCUAGGGCAGCGUCAACAUUAGCUAUGAGGAUAUAUCUUAUUUGGCUCUUUUGUAAAAGUCUGUAGUAACCCCAAUCAUACUUAUGUACAAUUUUUUAUUUGUUUAAAUUUCACUUUUUCCUUUUUUUUUUUGGUUCUGCACUUUUUAAUUUUUAUAAAUUACACGCUAAACCAGGGGUAGUCAACCUUUUUCUCCCCACCGCCCACUAAUGCAUCUUUCUUGAUGGAAAAAUUUCCUUACCGCCCACCAGUUUUCGUGCAAGUGUACAAUAUUUUUUAGAAAGGAGAAUGUGUUUUUUUUUUUAAAUUUUUUUUUUUUUUUAAAUGUACGUACAUUUAUCUUUUUAUUUCUACUUUAUGCAUGUUUCUAAUGUUAUUAACUUUACAAAGUUUAAUGAGACAACAAUAAAGUAAAUUGAAAUUACCUUUACUAGUGAUUAAUGAGAUCCUUGAGGCUGAUGCUGCGAGACUAAAUAUUUGAUAUCUGGUUUGAUUUACGUAACGAACAAACGAAGGUCUCCUCUUUCGAUGAUAUUCAGACAAUUUCUCUGUUUGCUCAUAAUAUUUGUCAUCCGUGCAUCAGCUCCUCUCCUCAAUUCCCUUAUAGCAAUGCCCAGCAGGAAGGCUGAGCUAGGUAGCCCACUUAUUAUUAUUAUUAUUAUUAUUAGCCAACAAAAAUUCUCUCCUUUUCCUUUUUAUAUUUUUUAUUUUUCGUCUUUCUCCUAUUCUACAAGUACUCUGCUCCUUUCUCAGAUUUUCCAAGUACUCCACUCUCUAUCGUGUAUCCCCCUACCUACUCCAACUCCUCCUCUUCCUCUACCUGCAUGUUACACUUGUUCACAAGCAUACGCAUUCAUACGUGCGUGCACGCGAAAUGGGCGCACAUGCGCAUUCAGGCACACACGCUCGCGCUUCCAGAACGUUAAUCUCUCUGGAUGGAGGGAGGAUUCUGCUACCGCCUACAUGGAAUGCCAAAACGGCCACUGGUGGGCGGUAGGGACCAGGUUGACGACCCAUGCGCUAAACAAAUGUCUACAGGCAAAUGGGUAUCACGACACACUAAAGUAUUAGCAAUUCUAGACAUUGAGAGUAAAAUUCACUUUUUUAUUGUUACUUUUAGAUUCAUAGGGAAUAGAUACUGAAAAUCAUAUUUUUUUGUGUUGUCAGUCCUAAAGGGACACACCACUGCUUAAAUAAAAAAAUCCGUGUUUAGGACGGGGUAGGCCGACAUCUCUCAUAAUGCUCUCACAGCCAUAAUGCUAGCAAAGCAUCAAGGGAUAUGUAGUCCACAACACCUGGAAUGCUUAAAGUUGUCUACCCUUCCUUUAGGCUAUCUACCCCGAAUAAAAAAAACAUGCACCCAAUAAGUCAUGUUUUUAUUCAUUGGAGAUAUAUUUCAAAACCGCUUGUCAAAUCUGCAGAUUUCUUGUCUGCAAUCUGUUAGUCCUCCCCUUCUAACCUCGCCCAGACUUUUUGUGGCUGACCAAUCACAGACUUUAAAAUAUUAAAGCUACAAUGUUAAAGCUCUGAUGUACUGCCUCCAAGCUGUGUGUUUUCAGAAUGCAUGUGAAACAGUGGCUUGCUCCACAUGCUCUGUGAAGUGUUGUCAUCUACUCCAGAGGAUACCCUAUUCUCCUACAUCUCAGGAAUCACAGCACUGCUUGCCUUCUCUUUCCAAGUAGCCUAAUUCAGGUUUUGCUUCCUGUCUGCAGCUUCAGAACAUGAUUUAUCGUAAUGACGUAAGAAAGUCUGUAAAGAUAGUGUGGACUCAUAAGGAGUGCAGUCUUCGCGCAUGCACAUGACAGUCUCUUUGUGCAGUCAAAUUCUCUCAUGAUGUCAUCAAGCAUUGGUUUGACUUGGCCGCAGCAAUUUUGUAAAUUGUUGUAGUGCUAAUCAACAUAAUUGAGGGAGACGGGAAUAGAGAGCUACUUCCAUUAUGACCUAUACAAGGACAUAUGCAGGUGUGGUGCGCAAAAUAUCCCUUGAAUCCAGGACUUAAUGGACAUCAACAGCAAGGAACUCGUAAAAGUUGUCUAUGACUUUUUAUUUCUAUGGAUGACACAUUCUAUCAUCUUAGAUGAUUUCUAAAUCAUCUAAAGUUCAGUCAACCCCUUGCAUUUAUCGAACAAUAAUGGCAGCCAAAAAUUAAACCUUUUGUAUAAACACAACUACAAUUACAGCGUCAAACAUUUUACCAAAGACAUUCUUUAGUGUUGUGUUUUUUACCAUGAAAGCAUCUUAAUACUUAACCCACACAUUCUGCCAGUGCACGGUGAUUCGCUAUUAUCUGUGCAUGCCUAAAUUAGAUCUUUAAAACCAUCCCUGCCGUUUGUUCAUUGCGGUAAUUGGACAUACUGGCCAUUUCAGCCAAUAAAGGGGGGAGGAGGAUUCAUUUAUAUUGUUUCCUUGCAUUCAGGCCUUAUUGUUAUAGAAUUAUAUAGAAAAGACAUUUGUCUUUUGUCUUUGGAGUUUUUGUUUGACAUUUCAGACCCUGAGGGGGUUAAUCAUUCCUUUCUGCCAUUUUCCUGCUAUCUGGGCAUCGUGGCCGUCCCUGUAACGACGCAUCUAAAUGUGUUUAGCUAACGGAGCUUACCUAACAGAUUAUCAUGGCCGUGUGACUAAUAGACUUCUCAUUUGGUUUUAAUACAUUUUGCAUGGCAAGCAAUCAACCUCCAUCAUUCUUUAAGAUGAAUCGCCGUACCCAGCUAAAUUUUAAAGAUAUUAGUGUGACAGCAGCCACAUAAAUCAUAAGAUUUUCUUAAUGAUGGUAAAAUUAAAAUAUACUCUGGUUCCCAGGACCCAAUGAAGUCUUUCCACGCGGAAGAAAGAACAGUGUACAAAAAAAAAGAAAAAUUAGUAGAAAGAUUAAUUGAUUAUAUUUACGAGGUGGGGGAAAGGAGAAAUACUUCUGAGAACUUGUUUCAGUUUUCUAUCUACAUUUUUUUUUUAUUAAAAUUUUUUCUAAACAUUAACUUUUUUUUACAAAUAUCUGCUUGAUCUAUAGCAACAUAAUCUCCCAGUAAUUCUCACAGUUACUGUAACCCUCCUUCUCACAGAGCAAAUCCAUUUCAGUGAAUAUUUUACACCAAUUUAAGCACUCCUCCUUUCUACAAAGGAGUUUGUUUGCCUUUGAGAAACAAGUAUUCCGGAGUCUGUUACCACUAAUAAGCGGACUAGUGCAAUAAUAUUGUGUAAGUAGAUUAGUAUUGGUUUAGAUUGUGCAGGGGUAUCAGUUGUAUAUUAGCACGGCAGAAAUAUACUAAAAUAUACAUAUGAACCAGGCAAGUAAUAUCCACUUUAUCCUCAUAUCAGAUGUGACAGUUCCUUUUUAAAGUGUCCCUAUCAUUCUCAUGUUUCUUUGUGCUCGAAAGUGACAGUUUUAAAAAUGUUUUUAUCUUAAAAAGGUUAAGCCUGCUCAACACUUUUUUUUUUCCAUUUCUUUUAAUAUUAAAAUUGAAUGAAAGGAUUCAAGCAACCAUGUAUUUCUUUAUGACGGCCGCCUUACAACCAUUUUCUCUUCCACUGGCAGUGGCAUUCUGGGUAACAAACAAUGUAUCUCUUUCUGAAUGUCGGGUUCUGAUUGGCUUUACAAUCUGUAAUGUGAAAUCUCUAAGUAACUGCUGGAAGUUAUCAUUGAAACUAAAGUCUUAAAGGUGCUUUCAUUUGGAAUGAGAAUAACAUUAGAUAGAUGUGGGGACACAUAGUGGAAGUUAAGCAGAGCCAAAUUGGAGGGAUCUCAAAGGAUAUAUUGUAUGUAUUAUAAGUGCCAUGACUUUCAAAAUAUAGAUCUUUAUUUUUGCAUAGUACAAUUUAGACAUCCAUGAAUUUACUAAAAACUUAAAAGUUGCCUCUGUAAUAUGUCUCCCAGGCAGAAAAAUCUGGUGCCACUUAACAUCACAAGUUUUACUGUUUAAGAAAGAUACGAAGACAUUAGCAGCAGAUCCUUUAAGUCCUGGAAGUUGCGAGGUGGGGCAUCCAUGGAUCGGAUUUGUUGUUCCAGCACAUCCCACAGAUGCUCAGUUGGCUUGAGAUCUGGGGAAUUUGGAGACCAUGGCAACACCUUGAACUCUUUGUCAUGUCCCUCAAACCAUUCCUGAACAAUUUUGCAGUGUGUCAGGGUGCAUUAUCCUGCUGGAAGAGGCCACUACCAUUAGGGAACACCAUUGCCAUGUACGGUGUAUGUGGUCUGCAAUCUCUAGGUAGAUGGUAUGUGUCAAGGUGACAUGCACAUGAAUGCCAGAACCCAAUCUAAUGAUACUUCCUCCUGCUUUAGGAGUGGAUACAGAUAAUAAUUCUUUUAUGCAUAUAUCUUCCACUACACUGGCCCAUUUUCGAUGCCUUUUCUUUUCUUUCCCGUCUGAAUUUUCCCAAAUAUUUUUCAUGGGCAAUAUUUAGAUGAGCCGAACAGUUAAUGACAAUAUUUAGAUGAGCCGAACAGUUAAAUUAGUGUCUGGUUCGGUGAAACUGAAUUUUUCCUCCGUGCACAAGUCUAGUAGAUGCUGUUUCCUUGUGAGUCUUCUGUCUUCCCUUAGGUUUAACCCUUAGUAAUGCAUAACGUAACCCUUUACCAAUCUGAAAUACAUACAUGCUUUGCCCUAAUAGCGCAAUCUGUCAGUAUUAUCUGCCUGUUUCAUAUACAGAGUUUCAGUCUUCAGACCGUCCGCACAGCAUUGAACUCAUCAACUGGAACAGAAAGCUACACGCAUUAAACAGCCUUAUAACGACCAGUUGGUUAGUGUCCAUUGUGACUUUUCAUUGGAGGCUAGUAAUAAUUAUUCACAUGGAGCUAGUCUGCUGUGUUUUGUUCCAAUGAAAGGGGCAGUAAGUCAUCAUGAAUAGGCGCGCAAACUGAAAUCCGAGCUCAGUCGACCGCGGCCUUGUGAUGAUGAGAAAAUUUAAGCUGCAGUGUUACCUGUGAUCUUUGCAAUGCAAUUCAAUAGGUAACAAGUCCCCGUUAAGUGAUCCUAUUUUUUACUUCUUAUUUUUAAUGAGUACCUAUAAUUCAUUUUUCCCCACUUUCCUCACUGGCUCCCGCUGCUUUCUGCUCUGCCAGCUAACUCCUUGGUCCCUUCUUUUGUGGGCUUUCGGCCGCACUUCUGUGCGCCGACUAACUUCAGGACUCUUUGUUACAUCACCUGCUAAAUGAAUCCCCACUGCUCCGGGCUCCUCCGGUUCGAAAGAAAAAAAUAAAACCUGCAAGAGGAGGAGAGAGCAUUUUGGCCCAGAAGGCUUAUGAAACCAUGUUUAAAUGAGAAGAAGGAAUCAAACGGCACAUUUUGCAUUACACAUCCUAUCGCUGAAAUCUUUUCAUCUUCAUCACUCCACGGGAAUGUGUUUUUUCUCUAUAAAAUCAGAAACUAUGAACUUUGUCCCUCUACGUUUUGUUAGUCAUUUGGUUACAGCAGAGAGCUGUUUCCUUGCAUGGACACUUUAGCUUCUAUUCACUGUGAUGUGAAAUAAACCCUGCCUGAAAAAUAUGAGCCUCUGUUUUUUUUUUCCCUCUAUCUCUUUUUUCCUGUUCUCUUUAUUCUGCUGUCUUUCCCUUUCUGUGCAAUGUUAUAAAAAAAUCUUUCUACCUUUUGAACUAGGAUUCUGUGAGUGAGGGCUAACCAAGAGCUGUGUGGCUCCCUUUCUUACCUUUGUGUUCGCAGAUGAAGCUGCCGAGCUCAGUUGGACAGAAGAAGAUUAAAGCUCUGGAUCAGAUGCUAACGGAACUGGGAGUAGGUGAGUUAAAAAAAAUGGGGGCGCCUGAAGUGGGGGGGUGGGGGGGGAUAAUACACAUGGAGAGCUCUUUUGUAGUCCCAAUGGACUGUAUUUUUUUAUUUCUCCCACUAAUAAAGAGCGUUUUGAGAUAACUGUAUACACAGAUAUUUUAGAAUAACAUUCCACGUGUUUAAUAUAAAAAUGUUUCUCACAUGCACAUAAAAGAAGCACAGGGAUUUAUUAUUUUUUUUUCAGUUUACUUUUUUGUUAUACUGGCAGGAAAACCUAAUGUUUAAAAGAUAUGCUGUGAAUAAAAGACAAGCCCCAGUAACAAAAAACACAUAACAUUGGUUUUGCUUUCACAAAAGUGCUUGUUAUAAAUGCUUUUUCUUUUUCCUGCCUCUGCUGCCUGUGUGUUUUUAUUCUUUGCAUUGCGGACCUGCCCUGCCCUUUGUACCUGACCAAAUUUGUAUUGUUCGUUGAAGAAUAAAAUCCCCAUGUCCGCGACAUUUUGUUCUGAUAAACCUGAUUUAGUCAGUUUUAAACUCUCUUGCCGGCUGCAGUAAAGAAUACAUCAAUUCUUCUCCAAACCUCUUAAUUGGUAGACAAAUUAUUGCUCUAUUGAACCAAGUCCGAGAGGAGCAUUAAAGGAUACAGUUACAGUACAUAUUAAUAACCAGACCUCCUCUGCUUGUUUCUCUGGAAGGUGGAAGAUUCUAUAGGUAGACAGUAGUCUGUUAGGUGUUACAUUUGAAACCAUUAAAUGCAUUCCCCUGGUACUUUAUAUACAUGUGUUGUAUUAUUGGUUUCUCCGUACAGAUUGUACAUCGUUUUCUACUCUCUGCAUAAAGCUUUAACCAGAAUAAUUAACUCUCUGUCCGUUUGAUAUGUUUUAUAGAGUCACAGUGGCCAUACGUUGGAACCCCAGUCGUUGCAAUGCUGCCACUCCCAUGAUGUUUUGCCAGCUGGGAAUCUAAUUGUUGGUCUCCGUUCAUGUUAACUUUAAAUAAAUGUAAAAAGAAUAACAAAUCUUUCUUUGAAAAAAAGGGGGUCCCACAUCAAAAGACUAUGGGUAACAAUUCUCAAAAAAAGGUUAGAUUACCCACAUAUAACACGUAUAACCCACUAUAAUUGGUAAGAAACAAAACAUUAAAAUGUAAACUUUAUUAGUAUUUAAAGGGCAUGUCUUCAUAAUAGUGAGAAAAAGGGCAAAGUGAUAUUUUCUUCUUAAUACUAUCUUUCUACUUGGAUUGAUCAAGAAUUAGUAUAUUUUCUCACGCUUGCUGUGAUUAAUAUAUACAAGCCAGAUGGGCAAACCCCCAAGUUUCUCCUUUUUAAUAUUACACUUUUCACAAGUCACUUUUGUGUUUUUCACCUUUUUUUUUUUUUCUCACUAUUAUGUUGAUAUGCUCUUUAAAUACUAAUAAAGUUUAUAUUUUAAUGUUUUGUUUCUUACCAAUUAUAGUGGGUUAUACAUGUUUUAUGUGGGUAAUCUAAAACAUUUUUUGAGAAUCGUUACCCAUAGUCUUUUGACUUGGGACCCCCUUUUUUCAAAGAAAGAUUUGUUAUUCUUUUUUCAAUUUUGUCUUUUCUGGGUUAAGCCCAUAUUACCCAUUUAGUCCACUCUUGACUCUGGGGUCAGGUUUUUCCUGCCCCUCUAGUCAUGUAUUUUUUUCUCUAUAAAUAAAUGUAUCUAUUUUUAUCGAUGUGUACAAUUAGCGUAACUGGUGGUGGAUUGUUGGUUCCAUGGCAGCUGGAGAGUCAUUUGUUGCCUUAUAUAUUUCCUUAAAUAAGUUUACAAACACCCUAGCUUCCAAAGAGUCCUCUCCUAUCUUUAUGGAUGUAGAGUGCGAUUAAAAAGAUAACCCCCCUUCCCUGUGUUAUAUCUUUGUAUCUUCUACUACUUCAGAGCAUUGGCAUAAUGUCAACCACCAAAAAAAAACCCCUUUUCUGCAUGUUUUCCACAGAUCUCAACCCAAUGCCAACUGAGGAGAUUGUUCAAAUGUUCAACGAGCUACGAAGUGACCUUGUGCUGUUGUAUGAGCUGAAACAGGCAUUCUCCAACUGCGAGUACGAGCUGCAGAUGCUGCGACAUCGAUUCGAAGCCCUCUCCAAAACAGGCAGCAGCAGCACCACCGCUAGUGUGGACGGUUCGGUGGGUGACAGUCAGAUGGUCCUAAGCACAGACGAGAUUAAGACAGAAGCGAAAGAUCACAUAAUUGAUGUUGUUGGAGCGCCACUGACGCCCAAUUCGGUGAGUGGAUCACUUUUAUGGGUUGAUGGCUUCCGUAAUCUCAUUAAAUAACCUAACAUUUAUUCAAGGAAAAACUGUGUCAAAGCCAUGUAUACAGCCUACAGACAUAUUCCUGUGACCUCCAAGAGGGAGGUUAUACAUUUAUUGUAAAAACCAUUUACGUUUAUGUGGUGUCCAUUAGUUUCCAUGGUGAUUGCUUCACUUUGUUCCAUUCUUCUGUUAAUGGAACACUCGGACGUUAGGUUAACACUCAGGUAGGCAUGUUUGCAUUAUUUUUUUAAUUAUUGUCCCCAUCUCUUGGCAAGUAAAAUAAAUAAAAUAAUAUUCACUUACCCUUAGUCCACUGGGGCUGGUCUUGUCAUGGCUGCCCCUCAUCCCCAGGCUGAUAUAAUAAUCAUUAAUGAUCUCAGCCAAUCCAGUGCUUCCGUUUGGGGCUGGUGCACAUGUGUGCCAAUCACCAUCUCCUCAUAGAGGUACAUUAGCUCAGAGCAUCUCUAUAGGGAUCAUUUGUCCUGCAAAAGUUGUAGUGUUGCAACCACUAGAGAUGUCCUUAAGGAGGAAAUGUAAACACUGCCUUUUCUUAGAAAAGUGAAGAAUUAUGGAGGAUGGUAUUCUGCUAAAGGCUCGCACAUGCUGUACUUACUGUAUUCACUGUUACAGUAACAUAUUGUGUGUGUGUGUGUGUGUGUGUGUAUAAGCACAUGUACACCAGCAUCCUCGUUUAGAGCAAUAGGCUGCAUGUUAUGACACUUAUGUAAGUCAAAGCAAAGGUUCCACUAUUCUUAUCCCAGUUUGACAACAAAAAAUAAUAAUUUAAUUUCUUCACUUAGAGAAAAAUGCAUACAAAAUAUUUAUCCAUUAAAUCAGGGUACAUUUAGUUUUACAAUCCUGGUCAUUUGACUGUUUUUGGUAGACUUGCAGUUACACAGCCACAAGCAGAUGUGUUCCCGAAGAGACAACAAUGAAGCUAAUAAAAUCAGUGUCAAAUAAGAUUUACUUUGGCUUAUGACAGUUGUAUGGGUUCCCGCAUUGAAAGCUAUGGAAAAGCCCGUACAAAUUGGCAGCUGUUUAAUGUAUGUGUGAGAGCGUUGUACGAUUCUAACAGAGAAAACACUUUACAUCUAUAGUAAUCAGGUUCAAGAUGGGAAGCUUGGAGUUCCCCUUUAUAUCCAAGGGCCCAUCACCCCCUGAUUCUCUGCUCCCAUGUGUAUGAGUUGAUAGCACAGAGGCUUCUAAACCUGAGCGAGCGGGUCCUGAAUGAUCAAACAGCAUGUUUUCAGGAGGUGUGAAGAUAGCGGGAAGGCUAUGCAAUCCUUCAGUUACCAGUUUCAAUUUCCAUAUCACUUUAUCAUCUUUUAUAAAUAGACACUUUCCAAGUGUGGAGCAAUGUAUUAAAAAAAUAGUAACUCACGUGUUGGCACAUAUACCCCAUAACAGAACAAUAUGCCCCCAGGCUUCCUAGGAAAAUAUCCAAAUCUAGCCCAGCACGCUGACCUGCCCCCUACGCUUUCUUAAUCCACAUAUUGCUGGCAGCUGUCUAAGCCGCUUCCGAUAUUUAGACACACAAUACAUAGAUGUCUACUUAGAUAUACAAGGCUGAUAAUGUGCUCUUUACUUUUAAAAGGAAUGCACAAUGUAUUGUGAUUUAAGAGGAGAUUGAAAGCACCUUAUCUGUCAGCCGCAGAGGUGACACGUUAAUCUGGAUUUUAAGGGUUUGCUGUUAUUGUCUUCGAGCAGGAUUGAAGUAGGCCCCGUAAAAAGGCUCUUACUGUAUCCACAGCAUUUCUCUUUACUUCAUAUCCUUCUUCAAAAAUGCUUUGCUAAGAAAGAUAGAUUAAAAUCCUUACUUGCCCGCUUGGUGGCAAAGCUUACAUUUCCUACUGGCCAGAUCCAUAGAUGGCAUUUUUAUAUAACUAAGUCCAAGAGGAUACUCACCUCUCAUUGAUUGUGGCAAAGGUUUACACCUAAAGCAUUGCCCCCAAGGCAUCGGCCUGUGACUCUAACGCCAUUCAUACCAUGUGAUCAAUAUUAAGAUCUUUCUUUAGCUAAACUGAAUCAAUUUGCAUCUAAAUUGCCAUGCAUAAUGGCUUUCAAUGCAAUGAAACUCUGCAAAUUUGUAAAUUAUUUCCCGGGGUUGGCAAACUCAUUCUCUUUUUAGAAUGAUGCUAUAAAUAAAGCCACAGAAUAUGCACUAUUAUAGUUAAAGGAACAUGUAUUCCUCACCCUUUAGUACAAAACCCACCAUUAAGGUGGCUUUCCCUCCCCUUACCCCCCUUAAAAGCAUGAAAAACUCACCUUAUUUCCUUAUUGGAUUGGCUAAAAUCGACAAAGGGGACGGGUCCAAACGCCAUUUUGGCCAAUCGGCACCUCCUCAUAGAGAUGCAUUGAAUCACUUCAUCUCUGUGAGGAAGAUUGAGUCUCCAUGCAGAGCGAGGAGGUGCUGAACGGCAGAGCUGCCUACUGACCCAGGAAGCACCUCCAGUGGCCAUCUGAGGAGUGUCUCUGAAAAGGCAGUGUUUGCAUGAAAAUGCCUGCACAUAAUGAUUAUACUCACCAGAACAACUACAUUAAGCUGUAUACUAUACAUUAAGCUGUAUACUAUACAUUAAGCUGUAUACUAUACAUUAAGCUGUAUACUAUACAUUAAGCUGUAUACUAUACAUUAAGCUGUAUACUAUACAUUAAGCUGUAUACUAUACAUUAAGCUGUAUACUAUACAUUAAGCUGUAGUUGUUCUGGUGACUAUAGGGUCCCUUUAAGAUGUUGGACUAAGUUCUCCCUUUGAUACGUGGUAGAUUUUCCUACCUGUUUGACUUUCUGACAAACUGCACAUCAUAAAGCCCGGCGCUCUCAUGGUUAACAUGACCUGGUCUUUGACAUAUUUCAAAGAAGUAUAAUCAAGUUAAUUUACUGCAAGGCAAAUUCAUUACCUAAAGGAGGCCCCAUGUUAAAUACAGCACUGACCUUUACCGACUGAUUACACAAAGACGACACAAUUAGAUUAGUCCAAGACAAAAGGUCAGGCGCGUUCACACUGUGACCAUUUUACACUACCUUGAAACAGAAGGCCCAGAGGGAGAUUUGGAGUUGGAAGCGUCUCCGCUGCCCCCCUCAUUUCCAUUUUCCUCCUCAAUACUUGGGGUGCGUUGGCUCGCUGGAGCACGCUAUCAUGCAGCUGGCUCAGUCUUGAUUCCCUGUGUUUUCUGAUUGAUAUUUAUUUGAGUAGAUUUAAGUUUAUGGUGUGUUAUUUGACCAUUUUUCUUGUCAAUGUGAUUACAGAAAGCCAUUAUAAACUAUAGUAAAGGGUUUUGAAACAGAUAGAAGGAUUCAGCCAUGAACCCAGCGAAGUACAGAACGAUGAGUCCUCAAUACAGCAAUAUUAUCAGUAGGCUAAUUAGAAAACACGGGCCUCCUUUUAUAACAGGUUCUUUACUAAUCUGUGAGCUGUGCAAGUUUUAGGCCAAAACUGGCCACACUGGCAGAUAAUUAACCACCUCCCCUAUCCCUUGUCCAUAAACAGCAGUUCCUGGCUGAGUGAAUAGUGUGGUUCUGAAGUUUGGGUGAGAUUGUGAUGAAUUGAUAUAGAAAGUGAGUUGGUGCAGUAAAAUCAGCAAAGUAAAGCCAUAUUCUAAAAAAAACAGUGGAUAAAAAUAGGCAGUCUACUUAAAAUGAGCAUUGUAGUGAAAGUCCUGCUAUUAUGGCACCUUACAAGCCCCCACGUCUAACAUGGCUCUACCUUACAAGCCCCCAAGUCUAACAUGGCUCUACCUUACAAGCCCCCAAGUCUAACAUGGCUCUACCUUACAAGCCCCCAAGUCUAACAUGGCUCUACCUUACAAGUCCCCCGUCUAACAUGGCUCUACCUUACAAGCCCCCAUGUCUAACAUGGCUCUACCUUACAAGCCCGCUAACAUUGUCUACCUACAUUACGGCGUGACAUCUACCUUACAAGCCCCCACUCUAGCAUUGGCUCUACCUUACAAGCCCCCAAGUUUAACAUGGCUCUACUUACUACCUUACAAGCCCACGUUAACGUGGCUCUACCUCUAAGCCUAACGUGAAAAACUGCAUACAAGCCCCGUCUAGCAACCUUACAAGCCCCCGUCUAGCGGUGGCUCCGUACGCUCUAACUUUGUUGCUCUACCUUAAGCGUCUAGCAUUGUCUACCUUCCCCUCCCCGUCUAACAUGGCUCUACCUUACAAGCCCCCACGUCUAACAUGGCUCUACCUUACAAGCCCCCAAGUCUAACAUGGCUCUACCUUACAAGCCCCCACGUCUAACAUUGCUCUACCUUACAAGCCCCCACGUCUAAAAUGGCUCUACCUUACAAGCCCCCACGUCUAACAUUGCUCUACCUUACAAGCCACCAUGUCCAAGGCCGGACUGGGUACUAAAAGCAGCCCUGGAAAAAAUUCUAUACCAGCCCAAUAAUCCGUCACGCCAGCAUUAUGUACUGAUAUAGAGGUGGAAAAGAUAACCUAAAAUUUAAAACUAUUAUCUAACAAAAGAAAGCACUCAUAGGGCUUCAAAAUAAACAAGAGUGGUUUUAUUUUAAGCAGACGUACAUUUGCAUAUAAUCAAUGUUUCAGUCCAUCUACCUUGACAUAUUAAGGAAAGUUUGGUAAUGGGACUGAAAUGGUGAAUGUAUGUAGGGCACAACUGUAAAAAAAUGACGUUAUCUUGUUUAUUUUGAAGUCCUAUGAGUGCGCUCUUCACUUUAAAUAUGUUAAUGUGUUGGAGUAUGCACCUAGCACCAAGACUGGGCCAAUGCAUGCUCAUUACAUAUAUGUUACAUAUUAAUGACAUUUCUGUGUGUAUUAUAUAUAUCUAAAUAUUAUAGGCAUCAUUAUAUAUUAUUAAUAUACAUGCAUAUAUGUGUGUGUGUGUGUGUGUGUGUAUUACUGUCAGAAUCACAUCAGUUACGUCUAUAUGUACAUUGUGUUAGCAAAAUGUAUAUAUUGGAAGGAAAAUCUAUUUAAUAGGAGCUCUUUCUCUCACCUGUCAAUUAGCUCUUUGGCAUAAACUCCUGUGCUGAAGAACUGAGUUACAGGGAGAGCAGGAGACACAGCUGAAAAAGCAUCCCCCCCCAAACACACACAAAAAUACAUCUUCUCUUGUGUUUCUCUUAACCCCGUUUUGAUUUUUUUUCCCAUUUUUUUUUGUUUUUUGUUUUGUUUUUUAUUCCCUCCUUUUAUUCUUUACCUUAUUUAGUGUAUCUUUUCUCCAAUUUUUCUCCUUUGUGUCUCCUACAACCCCCCUUGUGUGUCUAUUAUUUCAUCCCAGCCUGUGUGUCUCUUUUUACCCUUCUCCACCCCUCUGUUUAUCUCUUUUUUCACAGCCCCUUAUGUGUGUGUCUUAGCCCCAGCUCCUUUCUUUCUCCCCUUCCGAAUCCCCUCUGUGUGUCUCUCUCUCCUUCCAGUCCAGCUUUGCCCCCCCUACAAACCUUGUGUGUCACUUUUUUCCCCUUCCCUUCUGUAUGUCUCUUUGUUGUGUCUCUUUCUCUUUGCCUUAGUCCCUCUGUGUGCCUCAUUCUUCUCCCAAACCCUCUGUGUGUCUUUAUACCCCUCUGUCUCUUUCUCCUCUCCCUGUCUUUCUCCCCCUCUCUCUCUCUUGCCCCUCUGUCUUUCUCCCUUCUGCCCCUCUCUCUUUCUCUCCCCCGUUUCUUUCUCCCCGUGUCAUUCUCCCCGAUAUUCAUUCUCCCCCAGUGUGUCAUUCUCCCCAGGUGUCAUUCUCCCCCGUCAUUCUCCCCGUGUGUUCUCCCCGGUGUCAUUUCUCCCCCCCGUGUCAUUCUCCCCAGGUGUCAUUCUCCCCGUGUCAUUCUCCCCGUGUCUUUCUCCCCCAGUGUCUUUCUCCCCUGUGUCUCUUGCCUCUAUCUUUCUUUCUCCCCCCACUCCCAUGUCUCUCUCCCCCCCUCUCUUUAGCUUUCCUGUGUCUCUCUUGCCCUCUGUCUCUUUCUCCCCUGUGUCUCUUGUCCUUUCCCCUCCCCCGUGUGUCUCUCUUGUCCCUCUCUCUCUUUCUCCCCCUCCCCCUGUGUGUCUCUCUUGUCCCUCUCUCUCUUUCUCCCCCUCCCCCUGUGUGUGUCUCUUGUCCCCUCUGUCUCUUUCUCCCCCUUUCCCCUGUGUCUGUUUCUCCCCUUCACCACCCCCUGAGACUGAACUUGUCUGACAGUCGGUCCAAUACCACAGGAGGACUGAGGGAGGGGGCAGAGCUGACUAUCAUGCUUCCUCGCGGUUCCCACAAUGCCCAGCACAGCCACAUCAUAGAGUAAUUACUACUCUAUGACGUGGCUGUGCCAUGAAUGGUUGGAACCACGAGGGAGCAUGAUAGUCAGCUCUGCCCCCUCCCUUAGUCCUCCUGUGCUGUAUGACAGCUGCACGCCUGUCAGUAUUGGUGAGUGUGCUGUCGGACCGGCUAGGCGACCACCUGGCUCGGCGGCACUACCAUGCAUUACAGGAGUUGCGGCCAACGGCUGCAAGGUAACUAUCGGACGUGGCCGGCCCCCUCAAAGUGUUCCACCGGACUGGCCACCCGGUGGCAGCAAUUACUAAAGAAACUGAGCUGUGCAGCCCCCAGGUGCCACUGCCCACCCGGAAAUUUCCUGGUCUCCCGGUGGGCGAGUCCGGCCCUGCCCACGUCUGACAUUGCUCUACCUUACAAGCCCCAAUAAAACAUCACUCUACCUUACAAGCCCCCACAUCUAGCAUCGCUCUACCUUACAAGCCCCCUCAUCUAGCAUCGCUCUACCUUACACGCCCCCUCAUCUAGCAUCGCUCUACCUUACAAGCUACCUCAUCUAGCAUCGCUCUACCUUACAAGCCUCCUCAUCUAGCAUCUCUCUACCUUACACGCCCCCACGUCUAACAUCGCUCUACCUUACAAGCCCCCACGUCUAACAUCGCUCUACCCUGCAAGCCCCUAAUUUUAGGCUGGCAUUGCUGGACCAAUCAAGUUCCACGACAUUAGGAUUUUAAAUCAUUGGAUGUGAUCAUCUCUUUUCCUGAGCAGCAGGAUGCUUUGUGUAGUCUGCAAAAUGUAAAGUACUUGGUUUACAUUCAACCAAAACAGAUCUCACAGGGCACACAGAGAUUCCAGAGCUAGUUAACGAAGAGAUUACUUUGUUAAUAUUUAUCUGAGGACUCUGGUUUUAUCCUAUUUUGCUAGGUGCCACUGGUGCUUGCCGUGAUUACAGAAUUCCCUGUGUUACACAGUAUAUAAUGUCAGGUAAGGCAUCAGAUCUGUCCGUGUUGCCUCUGCUCUAGAAUCCCCCGAGCCUGAGUUGACCCCAUGAGGGAGACUUAAGGUCUUGCAGAGACGAAGCCCGACUUGGAGCAAAUUAGUUCCACGCCGAAGUUCGGCCAGCUACUCCAGAUUAGAACGGCUUUUGAUUCCCUAAACUUGUACUCCAGCCAUCCGUCCCUAAUGAGUUGGCUGUCCCAGAAUGCCUCACACUGCAGGCCUUUGUUCCCGCUCUCAGAAGUCAACCCACUAAUGGGCAAAAGAAAAAGACCUCGAGUCUAUGAAGUCUCAGGCUUCGAGUCAGAAUUAGGCAACUUUUAAGCUUUCUGCGGCUGCACUCCUGCUGACUCCUUGUUUUCAGAGCUGAUUUGAAACCAAGAAGUUACAUUGUUAAAUCAAACAGAAAUCUUUCUUUCCAGAUGGAGUUUGAAUGUAUGAAUAAAAAGAAAAAAGUGGCGUGUCUGUGUGAAUGUGUGCAUCGCUCGCUCUAUUUAGCUGUAUAUAACGUGUGAAUCUGUCCGUCUGUCAUGCAUGUAAUUUGAUUAUAAAACGAUUUCGUUUGGAAAGUGUAUUUUGUAAUAAAGUAUAAUUAAUGCAGGAGAUUCCUAGUGUGUGUCUUUAUAACUCCUCAUAUAUUCGUUUGUGUGAUCAAACACCGCAAAGUACAUAGAAUAAUGCGCUAAUGCAGUUUAUCUAGCUAACGAAAGCUGUCUGUGACUUUGCUAGAAUUUCUGCGAUAUAAUUAGCAAAAUGUGCCAAAUAAGAACACUUAACCCCACCUUGACUGUAGAACAUUUAGUCGAGAAAUACCCAUUGUUCCUAAUAAGUACAUAUAUAUAUAUAUAUAUAUAUAUAUAUAUAUAUAUAUACCUUAAAGGACCACUAUAGUGCCAGGAAAACAUACUCGUUUUCCUGGCUCUAUAGGGUCCUUGGGUCCCCUCCCUCCAGGCUCUAGGAUGAGGAAGGGGUUAAUCCCUUACCUUUUUCAAGCGCUGGGGAAUCUCCUCCUCCUUCUUCUGCUGUCAUCGGCUGAAUGCGCAUCCGCGCGCAUUCAGCCAGUCUCAUAGGAAAGCAUUCUCAAUGCUUUCCUAUGGGUGCUGGCGUCUUCUCACUGUGAAAAUCACAGUGAGAAGCACGGAAGCGCCUCUAGCGGCAGUCAAUGAGACAGCCACUAGAGGCUGGAAUUAACCCAUAUAUAAACAUAGCAGUUUCUCUGAAACUGCUAUUUUUACAGCAGCCAGGGUUAAAACUAGAGGGACCUGGCACCCAGACCACUUCAUUGAGCUGAAGUGGUCUAGGUGCCUAUAGUGGUCCUUUAAUAAAUUAUAAAAAGGACCGUAAAAUCUACUGGUGAAUUUGCUACACACUAAAUACUCCGCUAAAAAGAUUGAAUUAAGGAUAAAUCUGACCACCGACAUUACAGCACAGACUGGGGCAAGCAAGCUGGGAUAGAUAGAUCUAGCUGUCUUGUGAUCUAGAAAUGUCUCUUGUGCCCUUGUUUCUUGUUGCUUUGUGCUUUCCCCCGGGAAAGCUGAACUCUGGUAUGUAGAAUAAUUACUACAUCAGUGUUUAAUGAUUUAAAGUAAAAGUUGCGUAUUAGAGUCAGCCCGUACUGAAGGACCUAAUCAAAGCUGGGACUUGUGGGUUGUCAUCUCUUUUCGAUAACCUGCAGUCUUCUCCCUUGAUAGAUAAUGGGUUAAAUGCCCACUGCCAUGGCUGUGCAGGAGCACAACGAGGCAUCUAAACGUUUAGCUGAGGGGCUUUCGUGAAGUCAGAGACACCGAAGAUAUAAAUUUGAUCAUAUGACACAUUUGAAAAAUGAACCUUAUCCUUUAAUGCUUUCUGCAUAUUAGCGAACACUUUAUGUCCGAGUACAAAUGAGUAGCCCUUCUUUGUUUUAGCUGCCUAAUGAGUGGAAGGAAAUGAAGAAUGGUUAUUUAUAUACAUAAUUAAAGACAGUGAUCCAUUAUGGGCUGAUUCAUGCCUGCGAGCAGUUUCACGUUAGAUCAGCAAGUCGAUAUUGCUUUGUGUUCACAAAAUCUCGCAUUGCCUGGUAUAUUGCUGCCCCUGGCUAAGAGAGGGUUAACUGCACAGUCCUCAUUUUAAUUAGCAAAUUUCCAAAAUGUGCUAAUAUCCUACACUUUGAAACCCCAAAUAAAACUGUAAGCAAUAUAGUAAAGAAAAUGGGUUUUUAGGUUUAUUUGUUUUAGUUAAUGUGUUAUAUAGUUUGUUUUGAGGCUUUUGUUGGUGGUGGUUUCAGGAGAUAGUAACAAACAUCAGGAUUUAAAUAAAACCAUUAGAAAGUGGAACUUUGUGAAAAUCCCCAGAUUAUUUAUUAUAUUUCAUGUGUUUAUCCCCCUGAGCAGUAUUACGUAGGACCCAUACAAUAUGUUUAUGGAUUCUUGGGGAGUAUAUUGUAGACAUGGUGAAUCGCUCUGUGCAGCGAUUGUUACUGUCUGAAUUCCUGAAUUUAUUUGAUCACAUCCCUUUAAAUCUUAUAACUGCCCCCCGUUUAAUUUUCUGGAUAUUUUCCACCUGCCCAUCUCUGUACCUUACUUGGCCUCUUUCAUCCUUUUAUUUUCCUGUAACAUUUUUUUUUUUUUUUUAUAUGACAGGUUCUGUAGACCACUUUUACAAGGAAUAAAAAUCAAAUCCUUUAAUUAAGGAUGUCUUUUUUUUCCUGGUAAUGUUAAUAGUUUUUCUUAUUUUGUGAAUGUAAUCAGGGCAAAUAAAAAGAAAGACAAAAGGCGUUGCAUUCUACAAAGAUGUAAGUAGAAGUAUAGUUUAGGGUGUUGCAGUGGAUGUGAACUACUUGGAUUUUGCCAAGGCAUUUGAUCCUCACAGUAGGUUAGUCUUCAAACUAAAAAAAAUUGGUCUAGAUGAAUAUUCUUGUUCUUGGGUAGAACAUUGGCUUAAGGAUAGAGUACAACGAGUUGUCAUUAAUGGUAAAUGUUCAAGCUGGACAAAAGUGGUAAGUGGUGUCCCUUUUGGGACCGCUUCUAUUUAACAUAUUUUUUUAAAUGAUCUUGAAAUAGGCAUUGAAAGCCAUGUUUUAGUGUUUGCAGAUGACACAAAACUUUGUAAAGUAAUAAAAUGUGAACAGGAUAUUGCUUUGCUUAAGAGAGAUUUGAAUAUAUUGGGGGACUGGGCACUAAAAUGGCAGAUGAAAUUUAAUGUAGAGAAAUGCAAAGUUAUGCACUUCAGGGUCAAGAAUGCACAAGCAACUUAUACCCUUAAAGGGACACUCCAGGCACUCAGACCACUUCUGCCCAUUGGAGUGGUCUGGGUGCCAACUCCCACUACUCUUAACCCUGCAAGUGUAAUUAUUGCAGUUUUUUAUAAACUGCAAUAAUUACCUUGCAGGGUUAACUCCACCUCUAGUGGCUGUCUCUGAGACAGCCACUAGAGGGCACUUCCGUGUCCCUAGCACAGGAAACCUGUGCUAGAGCGUCGCUGGAUGUCCUCACGCUGUGUGAGGAUCUCCAGCGUUGCUCAUUUCCCCAUAGGAAAGCAUUGAAAAGCAUUUUCAAUGCUUUCCUAUGGGGAGCUCUAAUGCGCAUGCGCACAUAGCACUGGAGUUUCCCUUUAAUGGCAGUGGAUUAGGGAUAACCACACACGAGAAGAAUUUGGAAAUUUUUAUAGACAACAAAUUAGGCAGCAAUCUGCAGUGGCUAAGGCCAGUAAGGUUUUGUCGUGUAUAAAUUCUCGGGAUGAGAAUAUAAUUUUGCCUCUUUAUAAAACACUGGUAAGACCACACCUUGAAUAUGCUGUGCAAUUUUGGGCACCUGUUCUAAAAAGGAUAUCAUGGCACUAGAAAAAGUGCAGAGACGAGCUACAAAAUUGAUAAAAGGAAUGUAGCAUUUUAGUUAGGAAGAAAGGUUAAAAAUGUAAAUCUCUUUAGUUAGGAAAAACGGCGCCUGAGAGGGGAUAUGAUAACAUUAUACAAAUAUAUUCGGGGCCAGUACUAACCAUUAUCUGGAAAUCCUAUUCAUAAAGAGGCCUAUACAUAGGACACAAGGUCACACAUUUAGACUGGAAGAAAGGAGAUUUCAUCUAAGGCAAAGGAAAGGUUUUUUACGGUAAGAGCAAUAAGGAUAUGGAAUUCAAAGCAUAACUUACAGGGAUAUAAUUUCUAAUUAGUGGGGUAAUAGCUGCUUGAUCCAAGGAGAUAUCUGACUGCCAUUUUGUGGUCAAGAAGGAAUUUUUUCCUAGUUUGUUGCAAAAUUGAAAGUGCUUCCAACUGUUUUUUUUGCCUUCUUUUGGAUCAACAGCAAAAACAUGUGAGAAAGGCUGAACUUGAUGGACGCAAGUCCCUUUUCAGCUAUGUAACUAAGCACUAUAUAAAUAAAAUAUACAUACACUGUAUACAUAGUUACAAACAGGUGUACUCAGCACUUGCAUUACAGUAGAGGGAGGUACAGUAAGUGCAGUAGGUAUACAGUGUAUGUAUAUUAUAUUUAUAUAGAGCCAAUAGGUGUACUCAGCACUUCACAGGUUACCCUAAUGAAUGUGUCCUAAUUCUGCGUGUAUGUGUAACACUUUAGGUUCCGGUGUGCUCAGUGCUGUAUAUUCUUUUUUUAAUCGUGCAGUGAUUGUGCCUGUUCUUUGCCCACUAUUGGCAGAUAAUUUGAUACACAAUUUUCUUUCCAUACAGAGAAAACGCAGAGAAUCCGCUUCCAGUUCGUCGUCCGUGAAGAAGAUGAAAAAGCCUUGAGCUUCUCUCGAAGAUUUGAGAUUGUGUGAAUAGUCAACAUUACGGACUAUCCAGAGUUUGGGGACCGGCCAGAAGGGCCGUGAGGAGACCCUGAUAUUCUACGUCUGUGUAAAUAGAUUUUUUUUUUUUUUUAAUGUUUGUGCUGUAAAACCAAGUUUACCAUGAAAAUAAAUAACUUGUGGUCAGAUUUGUGACGGCCUG